CACGAGGAGCAGCCUCAGGGUGGCUUCAACGUAUCCCACUGGAUGUAAAUCUUUUUCAUUUUUGCAUGACUGAUGGAUUGUAUCGCUUUAUUGUCAUCUCGGACUCCUGGAAAUCUAAGAGGUGAUUUUACGCACACGUGCGAGCGCUCACCGUGACUCACUGGAUGUCCGGAUUAAAAAACCUUGUGGAUCUUUCUGGAGGGCACGAGAGAAAUAAAUUAAAUGGAUAUACAAAUCAGUUAGGUUUCCAGAGGAGUGGAGUAUAUUUUUGGCUAUACUCGCAGCCCACAUGGCUCUGCCAAACUCAUCGGGGUCUCCCGGAGCCGGGAAGCCCAACCCCAACGUCAUCGACCUGGGGACCAUCUUCGUGGACUCCGACAUCAUAUUUGGAUUUACAAGUCACUUACUGAAGAGGAAAACAAAGGUAAGGGUGUCCUGUGGAGGGGGUGGAAACACAGACGUAUGAGAUAGAUUUUCCCUUAUGCUUUUGUGUUUUAAACUAAUUGGAGAAGAUGAUGGAGCAGAAAGAUGAUGCGCGCUUGACGGCUCCUGUCCGGCAUUCAGGACCUUGGGCAGCAGCAUCCACAUCUUUGAUUUCCUUCAAACUUAGUCCUCAGAGGUCAUUCCUUAUGAUUUUGUGUUAUCGAGCACUUUUCUAGCACGCUAGAUUGAUGCGUAAAAGUGACUUGAACGUAAACUUUAAUCAUGAGAAACCACCUCUGGUGCAGAGCAAGUGGCCAAAACACACCCAAAAGGUUUGAUAAUGAAGUUGCAAUCUGAUUUUAUUAAAACCUCAGCAGAUUUAGACGUGUUUGUUUGCAUUUGUGGACUGUCUGAGGAUCUAGUCUUCUGAUUCCCCACAGAGAGAAAAAACACGACUUUAAGGUUUCUGUUAAUUAUGCAAAAAAAAUAAAUAAAUGCAUAAUUAACAGAAAAAGUUAAUCUGACCCUGUAUACUUUUCUUCCCAUGACAUCCUUUAUAAUUUGUUCAAAGUUGAACAAAUCCGAGGACAAAAGAUUCCGUGUUUCCCUAAAUAGCCUCGGUCGUCUGAGGGCAGGGAAAAAAAGAGACAAACUGCUCCAGAGCAGCAGCUCAUGUGGCCACUGUCGCUUACAUCAUCCACAUGAAAUAUUUAAAGUUUACCAAUUAAAUAUUUAACCCAAGCACAUCCACCCUGCCACUCUGAGAUUUGCUGUUCUAUGCUUUCACCAGAGGAUGGCGCCAGAUACCAACAACACACAGAGGCAAACCUCAGCCUGAAGGGAAAGGCAACAGAUGAGGAUGUAUCGACAAACUAAGUGUUCACAGCUCAGAUUAAAACCUAUUCAUGGGUUUAUUCUGAAUGCUCAUAUUUUUAAAGCACAGACCAAAAAACUUUCGGGUGAAUGUCAUGUGAUAUAAGGACAUGAUACUGUGAAACUUUAAAAUUCAAAGCUUUCUUCUGUUAAUAAAUGUUUUCAAAGGUAACCAUCAUGAAUAAUUUAGAUUCAUGAAUCCAGGUAUACUUUUUUGCUGUCCAACCCUCUCAAAACUGACCAAAAACCACUUAACUAUUCUUAAAUUUUCAAGGAAGUCUCCAAGCUUUCAAGGACAUAUUUUUGCGGAUAAUUCGUCAAAAUCAACAAAGAUUUCAAUAAUGUUGAUGCUUGAUUUGAUAUUUGCUAUGAUUUCAAUCAUUUCAUUUAAAUGGAGAGAGAACAAAUGAUGAAAACAGAAAUUGUCCAAAAAUGUUUCUUUUAAAAAGCCAUUUUUUAUAAACUGCUUGGAGAUUGCAUUGGAAUCUGUUCUCCAAGUACUCGAUCAGGGGUAAUUUUAUCAGUUUAAAGUGUUCCGUGGCGAAACAGCAGCUAAAACCCUCCUAGGGUCCCUCCACUGUGCGCAGGAAAAGUUUUCUUUAGCCCUCCCAUUCAGGAGUAACACCGCCUCCUGCGCACGGCUGAGCGCUUUCCUGCACCAAAACUCCUCUGUUGUAAACUUAUGGCUCACACUCACCAGUUGCCUUCGUCCUGCAGCGAUAGAUACAGUAACCUCCACAAUCUGACAGAUGCCUGGCAACCUUCAGUCAGGUUUUCAGUGCAGCCUAUGGCUCCUCUGCUCUGCGUUUUUCUGCGGCAAAACUUUCUAAGUUUGACGAAGACGCUCUCCUGGAGGUGUUACCUUGGUCUGGGAGAAUGAGCUGGGUAGAGAGCGAUUCAGCUCCUGAUGGAAGGGACCAGAGCACCCAUGUGUUCACUGUAAGUGUCUGUCUGUGAACAGUUCCGUUUUUAAGUGGAAUAGCUCGUGGGUUACAUCGUUUAGUAGCUAGCUUGGAGCUGCAGAGCUUUGGUGCGCACUCGGACAGGUGCUAUGUGUUCAAACAGGUCUUCAAUGUGCAAACCAACACUUUCACUUUCACAGUCUCUUUAAUGCUUAAAGCUGAGGUUAACUUAACUUUUCCUCUUGCUGAAGGUGGAGGGAUGUCCCACUGGAGAGUCUCCGGUGACCCCCAGGAAAAGGCUCAACUCAGCGGAGGACGCGCGCUGCAGUAGCCGACCUCCCCCUGAGGGUGCCGGGUCAGUUUCCAUCUCCGAGACGGAGGAAAAGGGCGGCUUCUGCCAGCAAUGCCAGAAGAAAGUCACAGAGCUGAAGAAGCAAGCGCUUGCCCUGGCUGACCAGAACUCAUUGAAGGUUUGUUUGAAAGCAGCUUUAAUCAAAAUAUAUUUGCACUUUAAAGUUGGAAACACUGUGAUGAAUUGCAUUUUUAUUUUACUGCCUUUCUUGUGAAACAAAUGGAAAUUUAGGGGUCAUCUGCCAUUUCUUCUUUACCUGCACCUGCUUUAAACACUUGUACCCAUGAACAAUGUCAUGUUAGCUACUGAAUACUCAAUUAUUGUACCAAGAAAGCUCUCAGCCUCCACUUAUAAAGUUGUUUAUUGCAUGUUUGACUUCAAAUACCGGCCUUGGAUGUGAAAAUGGACUGGCUUUGAGACUUUGAAAGUGCCCCAUUGUUUGACUAAACAAUGCUUAUCUCUUUAUUUUGCUGUUGGGCGUGGGGGGCUGAGGCUAGGGGGAGUCGGGGGAGUUGAAAUGAGCGAGCUACUCAUGUUGGAGACUGCGGAGAGGAAGUCAAAGUCCCAGUCGACCUUCGCUGUGCAUUGAAAGUGUUCCUGUAUGGCUGCUCCCACAAUUCCCACCGCUGUUAAAUAUAGGCCCUGAGACUGCUGCUGUUGUUGUGGCGGGCUGGGUGGGUUUUGCCCCCUUUGAGUCUGUCCUCUUUUGUGGAGAGUCCCAGAGUCGGAUUGGAUUACAGUUUGUCAAGGUAACCCCAAAUCCCACAUCUCCUUAAGUCCAGGUAGACAAGGAACAAGGGGGCAUUUUGGAGCACCUGGGUUUUUGUUUGGGAUGUCUGCAUGUGUGGUCUCAUCUUUGUACUUAGCCUAUCAGAUCUAUGUUCAGGUAUCAGGUAAGUCCAACCUGUAAACCCUUUAGUGCCAUUAUCCACCAUGGGAACUGACCUCUCCUUUUUACUGUUGGACCCUCCAGCAGCACUUUCCAGCCCUCACCAGGUGCUCAGAAAUGGGAGCAGCCCCUUUCCUCCAUUUUACACUUGUUGAUAGCUAAAUUGGACCUUAAUUCUGGGGUGGCGUACACUGAUGGCAGGUUGCCCUUAUUGUUAAGGGGUAAAGGUAUGGGCUGCUUUAACUGAGGGAUAAUAAAGCCAUUGUCUUUAACCACCUGUAAGGCCUCAUAGGAUGGACGUGGUUUUGGAUGAUCGCUUCCAAAUUGCUUCCUCCUCAGAGGAACUAAGGCCAAAGGGGUCAUUCAGGUGGUCCUGUUGGUGUGUCUGGGAUCAUGCUACCUGUUAGGGUUCAGCUUUUGUUGUGUCUGUAGUCGUCAUGGGAAAAAACGAGAGCGGAGACUGUUUACCCGAGGUCGCACUUCCCCUCCCUCCCCAUCCGUCCCGAUUUUUUUUUUCUUUUAUUGUGAAGAGGAAGUCAGCUCAGUCCCCAGACAUCCCUCUCCCCCCACCUCACCCAGCCUGCGGACUUAUUGUUUGAAUACAGUAGUAGUAGAGGGGGAUAAAAAUUCAAGGAAAGGGUGUUUGGGUUGUGAGCAUGCGCUUUAUUUGUACAUAAAACAGAGGGGAAAGUUACUGAGGCCUCCCAGACAGCUUUUGUGUUUUCCUGUUUGGGUCUAAAGGAACCAGUUUACACCGUUUCCUGCAAGACAUUUACACUGCGGCCUGGAGGUGCCGAUAACACAACAUUUUUGCACAGAAACAUCUUUCCAGCUUAAGAAAAGUCUAAAUGACAAGUUAUUUGUCAAGUGCGCCCCUACACUGACAACAGUUAGAUGUUUUCAUGCUCCUUGCCCUUAAGUUUCUGCCUGCUUCUAUCAAGAUACCCUACACAUGCAACCGCAUUCCCCCUCCAUCUGGGUGCAUAUAGGUACUGUAAUAAUUCUACAUAUUAUGACAUUGUUUUGAAGGUCUCAGCUCCAAAUCAACUUUACUGAAAUAAUGUCCUUGAGCAAGCACCUUUGAGUUUGAGCUGAAUUAGUAUAUUUUAUGUUCAGUAAGCAUUAAAAAAAGCUUUGAAAAAUGCCCUUUGCCUAAAGGACAGGCAGAAACAGCACAGAGACUGUUAGCCUCCAAAUCAGGGGAAUUCACCUACUUCAUUUGCAUAAUUAAAACCCACAGUAUGGAAUGACUUCAGUGGUGGCUGGCAGACAGUCUGGGUUCAAUAAUUGUAGACUGUGCUUAUUGUGGCUGGACAGAGAGUCUAGGUGAGGUAUGAUGUAAAGCAGGAUGAUCACUUAAACCACAACUUCAAAAACACUAAUUAGCCCUGUGCUCUGAUCAGACUCUGUCAACACAGACAGAUAGGGUCAUACAGCUGGAUUAGAUUACACUUUCCUCUUAAACACUAAAAUGUUCUGUACUUUUGUGAGUCUGUGACCUGAGGGGGGUACUUAAUAUUUUAGUUGUUUGUGUUGAUGAGAUGAAACGAGAGGAGAGUGUUUUCUGUGCUGGUGUUAUCAACCAAACUUAUAAAAAUGUCAAGAGCUUGUCAGUGACAACAAAGGCUAGAUAGGCUUGUAAAGAGCAAAGGCCUGGAGUCAUUGUGAGUUGUAAGGACUAUAACUCUUCCCCUGUGGACAGGAUGGAGUAGCUCAAGCCCCUCAGUAAUGGCUUAGACAGUGAUAGGGAUGAUAUUCAGGGGGAACAGGAGCCAAAAAACCCUGUACAUGCUACAACCAGCUGAUUCAUGGUUUAAGCUAACCGCUCACAGCUGGCUGUAGGAACACAUUUGUUCUGUGAAAAGUUUAGGUGUUGCUUUGACAUAUUUUGACAUAGUCAGGUCAGGUGAAGUCAUUCACUGGGUUAGCUUAACAUGACAACAUACAAGGCUCGUAGUUUCCACUUGUUUUCCAGUCUUGGUGCUAAACUAAGCUAAGCUAAGAGCUGUUGGCUCUUGCUUCUGAUAAUUAGCCCACAGACAUGAAUGUGGUGCUACCAGUUUCAUCUGCCUCUCUGUAAGAAAUUCAGUUCAUGACUCAUGACUCAAGUCAGUGAUGGAGAGAGGAUACAGUUUGUUUGUUUGUUAGCAUGUUGCAGAGAUUUCUGGUCUCUAAAUAAAUCAGCCGCGCUAAACGCAGGCUCAUAAAUAGUGAGGUCUAUGAAUAUACAAGCAGUCUUGGACCUUGUAAGAGCGCGGAAUGAUUAACAGAGAACGACCUGCAGGGCUGUGAGGGCUUGAAGAUGGGGAUUAAGUUGAGCUGCUGGAGGUUGAGGUCAGUUAGAGCUAGGUCUGGAUAUGUGGAAAAUGAACUUUUAACCGCAAGCUAACCAUUUUUCUAUGCAGAUCAAUGUGCAAUAAAGUUAAACCAUAGCGACAAAGAAUGAGCCAACAAACAGUUAAAUUUGAAUACUGUGAACUGCUCAUGUAUGCACAGUGUGUCCAAGCCUAUUAUGGAUGGUUUGUGAGAUGAAUGUGGCUGCAGGAAUUAAUUUGUUACAGUGAGGCCUUUUGCCAGUUUUUUCAUGUAGAAUUCAUAAAUUAUGGGAGCGGUAAUUCUCACAAAAGACUCAUUUGGAUUCAUGUUUGAUUUGUUUCUGCUUUGUUCCUUGUUUGACCCUUGAUCCACUUGGAGUGCUGAAUGGUUAUUGGAUCUCUGUUAGUAAAGUGUAAGUGAAAUCAGGUUUUGUUUCCUGAAGCAAUGAAGAAAGUAAAUAAAUCAACCCGUGCUGCGCAACAAAUGUUUCCUGUGCACAAAGUUAUUGUUUGAUCUGAGUUCAGUUGACCUUGCUUUUUGAAACUCAAACACUAAUGUCUUCACUGCUUAUGUGUAUUAUUGUUUUUCAUGAAUCAAUUAACCAAUCAGUUUUUAGUUGUGAAGAUAUGCAGAGACAUAUAAAACAAGACUCUUUAUGCUGAUAUUUGCAGAAACCCAUCCUGAGCAAAUACAUGACAAAAGUGGUAAUAAAAAGGAAUUAUUUUAACAGGCAGAAAAGUCGAGCUGAACCAGACACAUUGUUAGAUCACCAUCUGUCUCAACUUGAUACUGAUAAAAAGUAGCUUGCUCUGUUUCCAUUUCAUGUAACUCACUUGGAGCCUUCUUGUCCACUAAUGCAUUUAUAUGACUGCCAGAGUGGUGUGUUUGGUUGCCAGGUACCCAGCAGCAACACUGCUUUGUUGGUAGUGCAUAGACAAGUGUGUUUACAUGUCAGUGUGAGAGACACAGCCAAGAUGGGGAAGAAGUCAGGGCGAGAGAAUGGCUGCAGGUCUACCUACCCAGCUUUUAUUUCCCAGGCGAGUCAGAGGGAGUGUUACCUCUCCUCUGUUGACUGACCUCUGACCUGUCUGUCAGUUCUCCCACUCUUUAUGUGAGGUUAGGGUUUCAAAAGGCCUACCUGGGCCAAAACAGGUGUAUGCUGCCCGAUUUCGCUGCAGGAGGGCAGACAACAGGACAAAGUGACUGGCAGAAAGAUUUAAAAAAAAAGACUGUGAAAGAAAACCCUCCGGUUGUGAAACUUGAGCUAACGUGGAGUUAAAACAGAGCAUGACCAUAAUAUUCUCUCCAUCUCUAAGCACCUGAGCCCCCUGAGGCUGUCUACAGUAUGUGUGUGCGUUGGUUGUGUGCCUGCUCAGCGGUGCGUGCACUUCAGUGAGGCCGGGAGGAGAUGAGAGACGAGGGAGGAGAAUGGAGGAGACUCAGGAGGCUGAGGCAUCCCUGCGCUUCAUCCCUGCAUGCAGUGUGACUUCUGCUUUAUGGCAUGUGGCUGUAUUAAACCGCAGAGUAAUAAUCUGGUGUCAAGUGGUGCACAGACCGCAGACAUCAGUCAUAGUGCUGCUGUGCUACACUGUAUCUGUGAGCCUGGGCAGCAUGCAGCUGUUCUCUGCCACUUUACUUCAAGUUCUCUACUUCAUUCUCUACUCUCUUUCUUUAGCUGACAGCUGCCACUUUGUGCAACCAAUUUGCAUGCAUUGUGUCCACUUCUUUUAUUCGUACUUUUAAGCCUGGAUAUUAAAACUCACUUCUUUUUUGACAGCCUCUGAAAUGAGUUCUUGGUAAGACGUAUUUAAAAUUGUUGAAACCUGUCAUCCAUUGUCCGGCUAGAUCAUAAUCUUAAUAACUUGUUUUUUUCAUUCCCUUCUUGAUCCAUUUCUAACAUUUAACAACAUGUGCUGCUUUUUUAAAAUUAGUAAUGGUUUACAGAGAUUGGUUGUAUUAAUGAAGUAAAGGCAAUCGAAAAGGUAUAAUUCAGUAUUUGCAUGAAACUCACUCCUGGUAAUACAAGUUGUACUCACUAUGAAUGACACUUUUGUAGCACAGGGAACACAAUGUAACAUAAAAAGGGAGAUCUUUAGCUUUUUAAUUUUCAAAUUUCUAACUGAAGAACUGCAGGAAUUAAAUUGGGGCAACUUGAUUUAUUAUUUUUUUUCCUAGCUUUUAUCUAGACCUUGAAGCUGCCAAAGUGCUUUAGCGAUAGAACAACUCUGUCAUGGAGUGUGAAUAGUUUUUCAUUCACUUCUCAGCAGAUAUUCUCAUCUGGUCCUGCUUUUUGAGUAAGCUUUCACUUUCUAACCUUUAGUCAGCUCUUAAAUGAAGGCCACGUCUUCCCAAUAUCUGCUGCAGUUUCAUUUUACAUCUUUAAUUUAGUGAGCUGAAAGUGAAUUGACCCCAAUUGUGGCUACCCACUCCGUUACUUAUCGCAAUUGGCGGGGUAAAUUGCUACGAGGCAGAGUGCAGGAAAUAGGUUCUGGGCGUGCAGAUGUGAGGGCUGAUGGAUCUGCUCGGUAAGUGAGCUGCAGAGGCUGAUGCUGAUCGCCUCUCAGCUGGAGGAGAGGGAAGAAAUCUGUUGGAGGAGGAUGAGGAAUUCUACACCUGAAACUGCUCUCAUUACUGAUGUUUGCUCAUGACUGAAUAUUGAAAAGAAACUGACUAUCAUCUACAUAUAGAGUCAUGUGCAUUGAGGUCACACCUGAGAUCCUCGUUUGGCCAUCUGGCCCUGUCUGAUUCACCUGCAUGUCAUUUUAGAGAGCCAUGCAGAUAUUCCCUGUUGCUUGUCAAGGUGAUAAGAGCCAAUAUAUUUUAAGCUGCUUAGAAGUGGGAAUGAACUUUCAGCUGUUGUACAGGUCGCAGAUUCUCAAUCACCAAAACCAAAUAUGUAAAGUUAACCCAUUAUCCCCAACAGCAAUUCAGCAAAGAUGUUCAAUCAAAGAGUGAGACUUAGGAGAGCAGCUGCACCAUCACCUUAUAAUGAGCUGAUGAAAAAGCAAUAAGCCACCAGCCUUGAAACGUCAUGCUUGGUUGAAUAUCAUAGAUUUUCUUAAGUCUCUUUUAAUGUUGGUGCUGAGUUGCCUGUUGCAUUUACAAAGAGAAGUAGUCUUGAAAAAGAAAUUGUGCUGCAUUAAAGUGAUAAAACAGUAAUGUAUUUGUUUAAAUAAUCAAUUUGUUAAGACAUGCCCCCAUUUAUUUAAUUGUUUCCAAUUUGUGUCUCACUAAACAAAGAGACAGUGUGCUGACCUAAUACAACAUCUUAAAACAUGGUGAAACAGCGAAUUUAGCUUAAUCUAAAGUGCCAUCAUCACUUCUUUGGCUUAAACUUGUAUUUUUAAUCUCAAAUGCAACAAUAAAGGUUGAAAAUAACAAGUAGGGGACAUUUAUUUUACUAUUUUACCACAUUGAAACAGUUCCUUCCUUUGAGGUUGAGCUAAUUGUAAAGUGAUGAACUAAAUCAAUCAAUCGCUUUUGAGACCCAGAGGUACUGCAUCCAGGUGCUGUGUUGGGCCCAGCUGCAGGCUGUGGUGCAGAUGGGGCUGGAGGUUGGGGUUGAGGAGCAAAGGCUGAUGCUCCUCAGAUGUUCUGCCAUGAGCUCUGUCCUGGUGUCGCCACCUGCCCCAAGCUUGGUCCUGAUGUCGCCACCUGACCCGUCCUUCUCCAGUGCUCCUGUUGGUACUUCUGAAGUUCACUGGAGACAGCUGCAUUAUAUCUGCUGUAAAGGGUGAGCUCAGCUCUCAGCCCGUCCAGUUCCAUGUCUUUUCUUUUGUCCAUCUGCUGCAGGAAAUCCAGCUGCUGGGUGAUCUGAUGACGCAUGGCGUCCUGUUCAGCCUUCAGACUGCAGAUGAUGUUCUGACACUCAUAUAGUUUGUCAGCGUAAAUCUUUACCUCAGUCUCAUGCUGACUCUGCAGGAUCUGAACUUGCUGCUUCAGAGCUGAGGUGUGAGACUCAUACUUCACCUCAAGGUUUUGGUAGGCAGUUUUAUAUCGUUCCAGGUUUUCGUGGAGCAGAGCCUGGUCCUCAGAUCCUUUCUUGAGGACACCCUGAGUUAGUUUAAGCUCACACUGCAGCUUCUCCAGCAGCAGCUUGGUACCGACUGCUUCAGCUUCAUGUCUGAGGUUCUGCUCAUAUUGUGAAGUUUUCAGCUUCUCCACUUCUUUUUGGAGAAGUUGACUCCUCUCCUUCUCUUUCUGCAGCUCAGAGGAAAGUUGAUUUCUGGUCUUCUGAGCCUCUUGGCCCUGGUUUCUAGCUGCUUGGGCCCUCUGCUUGGCAAGCUGUUUCUUUGCCUUCUUUAACUCUUCACUGAAGAACAUCCUCUUUUUCUUCUCCAGGCAGCUGCGAUGUCUCUCCAUGUUGAGUUGUUGGUUGAGCCGUCCCCCUUUGACAUCAACAUACAGGCACUAACUUUACAUUGCUAUGAUUAAGUCGUUGUAUCCCAGUGUAACCAGACACAGCCUUAAAUAAUUUUUUCGAUCAAAAUACCGCCCUGCGCUAUGAGAUGCUGUCUGUCAGCUGUGCUUUUUUACAUCUGGGUUGUAGAGCAAUACAGCAGUAUGACAGUAACUAUUGACUGGAGCUGCAGCUCAGGUUAGUGCACCACAGCUUAUUUAUAACGGUCAGCGUUUUUGGAUAUUUUUACAAUGAUAAGAAUAUAAGUUUUUUAACUAAUUUAAACUUCUGCUGACUAGUCUAGUAGUCAGGGUGAUGUCGGUGACGUCCCAUCAUAUACUUGUAUGAAUGUGUAAGAUGGACAUUGUCCUGUCAGGCUUAAAAACUGAGGCCUUGAUGUAUUUUUUUUUCUUUUAUCAAUAAUGUUUUACAGCUUUCUUUGGAUUUAAGCUCCGGGAAAUGCUGCGAAUGUGACAGCACCUGUAUUAUUAAGCUGUUUCCCAUUGUUUGUGUAUUUGAAAAAUGAUUGCCAUGCAUAAUAGCACUUGUCUGAAUGGGUUUGCUGCUGUUUACUGAGGGAUAAUGUGUUAUAAUGAGCCAGACUGAAAUGAAACAAUGGCUGAGCAGGCUGGGCUGACAGGGUGAUGUGUUACAGCACAGCUCGAGUCUGCAGAGCUUGAGAACAGAGAAACAAAGACACAAAUGUCAACGAACAAGAAACACAAACGCAACAAGAAUUGUAAAAAGUGGAAAUGAAUCAGUUUGACUUUCUAAUUGAGGUCGAGCCAAGGUAUCUGUAUAUGUUUGUUGGUUUUAUGCUGUCUCGUAGCUCCUGCAGCCUGGCUCCAUAUGUCAUGCUGAAGUAAGACAUGAACGAUCCAGAGAGACUGCCGUCCAUUAUUGAGUCUGAUUCAGAGUAUCGGUAAAACAUAGGAGUUGAGAUAAAUUUUCAGCCCUGUACACAGACACUGAGGAGCUCUGGGUUGGAGGUAAUCUCCUGCUGGCUCCAUAAAAUGCCUCAAUUGACAGCAGGCCUUGUGGUAGCAGACAAAUCGCCUGGCUUAUAGCAAAGCGCUGAAAGAGAAUGCCAGCACUGUGUAUCCUCACCAAGAUGGAUAUGCAGUCAGCAAACUCUGGGCUGUUUAGGGUGUGGCUCUUUUGCUCAGAGCAAACAGUGGAUGAGUGGAGUAUGGUGUGGAAGUUGGUCUUGACAUUGCCUUGUUUGUUUUGCUCUUUGGCAGAUGUCAACUAUUGUAUGUAAAUGUUAGGGGAGCAGUUUUAGGUAAGCUGUGAUAAAUGUUAACAAGGAAUGAGCAACUCCUUCUCUCAACAACUAUUGUCACAGUGCCAAGAGCAAAGCACCUUUUAAAGGAACUGUGAUUCGUUAACAUACAAAGUGAAAUAAACAGAUUUUAACAGUGUUCUUGAUUAAAGAUUGCAGGUAUGAUCCACAUGAAAGAAAAUCAAGUAUGGUGAUAUAGCUGGAACAAGUCCCAAGUCCCAGUGAAUAUCAACAUCUCUUUUGCGAGAGAGACAUGGCUCAGGUUGCAGCCGUACAGAGGAAAAAUCAACUUUCCAAAAAGCUGUACAACACUUGUUGCUUAACUAAUCUUUCUCACUGACACGUCUUUGCAUCAGUCAGUAUUAAUGUAGUUUGUUUGGGUUACAUUUUUUUGAAAGCUAAUCUGCCCAUUCACUCUGAAGCCAUCAUUGACUAACAGUAGUAAGUACACAGCUGCUGUGUGAGUGCACUGUUAUGCUUUCAUGUUAUAUAUAUGUAUACAUAUAUAUGUCCUGUUGACGGUGUGCACGCAUCUCUGUGUGAUUCUAUUUGUGUUUGUGUAAUAGUAGAUGGAUUGUGAUAGCUUGUGUUGUGAUUGGUGGGUGCCUUGUGUUAAGUCGUCUUACUGUUCCCCCCCUGAUAGACGUCGGGCUAUUCUUUAUGGUCAGGAGCUCAUUCUGUUACGUAUAUAGUGCUCUAUAAAUCUCAGCGCUGUGUGAAAAUGCCAGUCAAAGUUCACGCUGCUCAUGUUCAUUUCAUGCUUGAGCGUCCAGCUCUGUGAGCGAGGAUGGGUGUGUGUGUGUGUGUGUGUGUGUGUGUAUUGAUGAUGUGUGAAUGCGCGUGUAAGUACUAGAGGAAAAAGAAAGAGAUGAAGCACAUUCAGAGUCCCUCCAUCUUUUCCACUUUGCUGCAGAAGUCAUCCAUCUUUUUGAACUUAACUGCUACCAAUUUAUGAUUGCAUUAUUACAGCCCGUGUUUUAUCCUCAUGCCCACGCACAGGGGCCCGCUGGUGGUGUGCUGGUGGUCUGGUUAAUGGAGAAGGUGAUGGAGAAGGUGACUGGCCAGUGCUAUUACUCUGGUACUCAGUGAGUUAAGCUUUAGGGUGAAUAUGAUGAGAAUAAGAGCCCUAACUUGGAUUUCAGCCCUGCUGCUUUUUUCUUCGGUUUGCUGCAGGAUAGGUGCUCAUAUCAACGUCUAGCACACCACUUGAGUAUUAUUUUAGUCAGAUAUUUGCUUUGCUUUUUAGCCUGUAUCAUUGUAGUCUCAACUCGAUACUCAAACCCUUAGAUGUUUGCAGAAUCAUGCACAAAGGGCGGGGCAGAGCUAGGAAGUGUUUCAGUGCAUGCAUUUUCCUUUAUAAUUGAAUGACUUGGCUUUGGAGUUUGCCUGCUGACAUUUUAAAGGAAAUAACAAGGCAAUGCAUUCUCCAAAGUGGCAGAAUAGUUGCUUUUUUCCUGUGAAAAACCCUGUUGCUAGAGUCCUUUAUAGGUGGUACAUGGAAAAGGUCAGUCUCAGCUGCAUGGAUUUUCGUAAUGGAUUAUCUCCAAUAAGAAGUCUAUCAAGAUACAGCAGGAGUCUGAUUUGGGUCUGAUUGGCAGAUGGACGUUUUGUCCUCAGAUUUAUGAUUUGAAAAGCUUCUCAAUGGUGAUGGAAGUGAUGUCUUUUGCCUGGAACCUUGAAAACUGCUGCGUUGUGUGAACUUUACAGUACACACAUUCACUUUAGAGGUCACCCAUGUGCAGAAGAACAGCUAAAUGAGGGUAAUUAAUUUACAUUCAGAUCAGCAGAGAUUUAUUACCUGAAGAAAUGUGCCAUCUUGAGCUUGUCAUCACUCCCAAAGGAUGCUUGUGGAGUAAACCUUCCCUUGCCUCUCGCCCAUGAACCCAGUCCCAUUAAUAGAUCCGUCCUUUAUGCUUCCCCUCUUGUUACUGCUGCUCUAUUUUAUGAUGUCACUCUCUCCGCUGAAGAGCUCUGGGCUGUUUUAUCUCCUACGUGUGUGUCGGGUACUUAAACUUAAACCUCUCUGUUUAUGAGUCUCAAACUGCCUCUCCAGCCCCUGGGUUUGCUUCUCAGUAUCGGCUCAGUGUUGUCAAUAAAAGCCUGAAUAUCUUUGCUGUUGUGGGAAACUUGCUCACUCUGCAGACCCCCAGCUAAGUGUCUGACUCCCACACCUAGAGUGAAAACGAGCCUGUGACAAAUAUGUGUUUACUUGUUGAUGGUGUUGUUUUUCUAAUCUCAAAUUAGGUUUGGAGCAUUCUUGUGAAGUGUUUGACCGGCUUUUCCCAGAGGCAUUUACAGCAACCGAGUGAUAGUAGGUGUUGUUUACUGCUCCAAAUUUAUGCAUCAAACACAAACAUCGCUGGAAUGCUUUUGAACGUGUCUGUGCAACAUGGAAUUGCUUCCCUCCCUCAGAUACCCACUGAAGAGGAGGGAAGCUCCUGGAGAGCACACCUGUGUGGUUGGCCUCGGUGAAUUCCUUCAUAGCUUUACUGCUCAGCGUGGCAGCAGAUGCUAAAUUUGUGUUCAGGUUCUCUGACCCUUAGCUGCGUUUAACUCACCUCCCCCUCUUUCCUGCGCAGCAGCGUCAGAGCCAAAACGUACAAAAGUAGGGUCAUUCUCCGGUGUCCACUGCAAGUCCAGACGGAGGCCGGCUGUAAAGCUAUUAUGUGGUCAAACUGCAAUGUGUGCUUUUAUUUGCACACUGUGUUUUACAGGUAGUGGCAGCUUUGGUGCGACAUGGACGCUGUGUGACAGUUGCAAAGCGAAGUCUUUCUCACAGAAAGCAACGCUGAUUAAUGUGCAUUAACAAAUCAUACCAUGGUAGCACCUUUGGAGGAGAUCAGGGCUGAUGCUUAAUGAGAGCUGUCAUGGUAUCUCAUUUUUACCUCACGGUAUUCAUGAGGUAAAAAGAUAAUGAUAGCAUUCGAUCUUCUGUGGAAAAGAGACCUCUCUGUAGGACAGUGGAUAGAGGAAGACACAGGUAAGAGAGUGGGGGAUGAUAUGCAGCAAAAGGUGUGGGUCACUUAUAUCCCCACCCUGGGAUUGUAGCCUCUGUACAUGGGUUUACAUGGGACUUAAACACUUAUGUUACAGUUAAAUUUGUUAUCAAAGUAGUGACAUAAGAAGUGCAUGACACGUGCCCUGCAGGGGAUCAGAAAGAGGUCCUCCUGUUGAUGCAUUAAUGUAGGUAUCAUGUUAAUUGUACCUCUCAUAUGGCUGUUGCCUGCUUUUAAUUCUGCACUAUUUUAGAUUUUGAUCAUUACAAAUACCCACAGUGUUAAUAAGUCUUGUUUGCAUGUGGAUCACUUGUUUUGGUGAUAUAAUGUUGAGCGAUUGAUUUGAAACACAGGUUGUAAUGUGUUACUUUUUCUGUUCUCUGUUUUUGUGAACUUCUGUCAGGUCCGUUCAUCCAAAAGCUGUUUUUCUGCCUCUGCUUGUGCUCCUUCACUGACAUGCAUUCAUUUCUCUCACAUGGUCAUUAUCACAUCCAUCUCUCCAGACGUUACCCCCUCCUCCCUAUUCUGUCCGUCCACUGACCCCUCAGCCUCCCCUCGCCCCACGCUGGGCAUUUAUGUCUCCAUCUCUUUUGUGAGGGAGAGGCUGUUUUGACUGCAGUGUUCAAUGGAGGGAUGAAACCUGGGCACACUUGAACUCCCACAGAAGCAUCCGUCGGAGACCAGAUUUGACCUGAAUUUGACCUGAUCGGUGUGUUCUCAUCUCUUUUAUGCACUUCUUUCAUGUGCGCAAGUGCAUAAGCUAAAGCCAGUUUUCAUCAGAGGUUAGUUCCCAUGCUAGGAAAUGGUUCCUGCCCGAGUUGUUAAGUUAUAAAGCGUGCUGUAAAAGCUCUACAGUAGCCAUUGGAAGUCAUGACGGUGCUAUGGGGAUGGAGGUGCUGGAGGUUCCUGCAGCGGCUGAACAAUGCUUAAUUAGCUCAUAAACAAAAGCUAGUGGGGGAUCACAGAAGGCAAUCAAAGUGUCCCGUUCCCUUUGAGCUCUUCUCACUGUCAACAAAGCCGCUCUAAUGGCCCCGUCACUCCACUUGUUGUGUCUCACUGUGGUGUGCUUCCUGGCUACAUAAAAGGCUCACAUUCCAAAAUAAAGAUGACUCGGACAAGAAAAGAUACCCUCCAGCCCCGACUCCAGAUAUUGACUUUGCUUGUCCGCUCACCUCUGUGUGUGUGUGAAUGUGUGUGUACGUUUGGUUCCCCGUGGUGACCGCUGCUUUCAUCUCCACCUCUUUAAGUCUUCUGUCCGUGACUUUGGUGGUCUGUUUUAUUGCGCUCCUUUGUGUGACGCUGUGCUGGCACGCUGCUGGGAGCCUGUGAGGAAGUGCGGAAAGAAGAUAGUGCCAGGCUCUGCAGAGGUUACUCCAGCUUGGCAUGAUUACAGGUGUAUGAAGAGAUGUGUGUGUGCCUGUGUUUGUACAAGACAGCUAGUGUGUUAUUUUUCGUAUGUUUGCGCACGAGGCCCUCUAAAGAAAACACACGUCCUCCGCCACACGAGGACAGCACAGCAGCAGGUCGUAGGCAAUCUGGGCUUGUUUGUGCGACUAUGUUAUCAUCUCCUGUUUCCUGUCAAAACAGGAAAGGACAGGGGCGAAAAUGGAGGCUAGGAAAGUGCUGCCUUGAUGUGUGUUGGCUGGAGGUCCAGGUCCGCCUGACAGUGACCCUCCCUGGCCAGGAAAAACAGACCCGUUUAGGGCGUAACCCUCAGCAGGAUUCUUCAUGGCGUUAUUUUUAUCACUUUCACAAAGCAGAGCGAGGGAUGCUUUUCCCAGCUGUUGACACAGGUCUGGGUCAUUUUUGUCUCCAAAACAGUGGAUCAGCAGUGGGCAGAGAAUGAGAGGGAGGCAUCCCAUCUGGACUUUUCUCUCUGGCCCUUCACUGUUUAGGAAGGGAAAUCCUUUUAGACAUUUUGCUAAUCAUGAAAGCGAGACACUCCUUUUCUUUGGAUGAUCCCUGGACCUCUAUCACAAUGAGUUUUCCGCUGUCAUGUGAUUUUUAUCCAUUCAUCACCCACUUUUCAACACACACAGUUGACCUCCUGAACAUUCCUUUACGGUGCGAGAUUUGGGCGACAUUCCAGACAGCAGAGUCACCGUCAGUGUGGUUCAGGCAGAUGAUCUCAGCCCAUGAUGGCAGGUAGAAGCUGAAGUAUCUCCCAUGAGAACUGCUAAUGAGAAGGCAUGGACAGGCACACUGCACAAAACAGCUAAUUAUUGACUCAUGGAAAAUGAUAACCAUCUCCUGCUCUGCUCGACUCUGGGAGUUAAAACUGAGAGGAAUUCCAAGAUCUUGAGGUCAGGACUAAGUUUAGCACUUUAUGAGGUCUCUAAAAAGGAAAGAAUGCUAUUGUUGGAUCGACAAGAUUGUCGCAAAGUGGCUUUUCUGCUUUUUUUCCCCCUGCAGUGUCCAUGCAUUUGGACGUUUCUGCCAUUACAACCAACAAAAGAGGCAAAAGAAGAAAAAAAAACACUUUUCUGCAUGGAGACUCAGAUUUCUUCUGCUGAUUUGAUUUCAGUGAACAGUAGGGGUGGGCAAAAAUAUCGAUAUGGCGAUAUAUCGCGAUACUUUGACUUCCGAUUCAAUAUCGAUAUUCAAAAUAUUAAUAUCGAUUUUUUGUUCAAAUAAUAAAUCAGGUUUCAGACGGGUUAACAAAUCCAGUACGACUUCCGCACCUCCGCUCCGCUAGGUGUCGCUGUACCGCUACCUCACUUCUUCUUCUCUUUUUUCCCCCGCCGGUUGCAGUGAGGAAGAGGAGCCGGGAAAAAAACAAUCAAGCAUGGCUGGUAACGUUAAACUAGAAACGCCCUCGAACUUUAAGGCAGAUGUUUGGAGAUACUUUGGAUUCCAAAGGAAAGGAGAAACACACAAUGAGCUGGACAAAGAGUACGCGCUUUGCAAACUCUGUGUCGCUCCCAUUAGACAUUCGGGUAACACAACAAACUUGAGAACUCAUUUAGCAAGACACCACCCCGACAUAUUAGCUCAGCCGGAGCCACCGAAACCUUCCGAUCCAAAGCAAACUACACUGGACAUCGCCAAAGUCCUCCCAUCUACUUCAACCCGAGCCCGGGGGAUCACAGAGGCGAUGGUGCAUUUUCUUUGUAAAGAUUUGCGCCCAUACAACGUUGUGGAAAACGUCGGCUUUCGGUGGAUGCUUCAUACUUUGGAGCCGCGCUAUGUGAUGCCGCAGCGUAAGUACAUGGCUAACGUAGCUGUGCCAAAAAUGUAUGACGAGGUGAAGGAGACAAUAAAAACUGUUCUUAGCUCUGCUCCGAGAGUCGCACUGUCCUGUGACGGUUGGACAUCACGAGCCACCGAGUCCUACAUUACAAUAACGGCGCACCACAUUAAUGCCGAAUGGGAGCUGGUAACACAUGUGUUGCAGACGAGAGCCAUGUACGAGAGCCACACUGGCAGCAACAUUGCAUAUUUUAUUUUUUACAUACAUUCAGUGAAGUGUUCAAACAGUGACACAGUUCUUGUCCAGGGAGACAACUGUGAAUUAAAUUUUGUCAUUUAAGGUCAAAGGCAAGAAGCUGCACUUUAUUUUGCAUUUUCAAUUUCAGUGUGUGUGAGACACUGCAUUUUAUUUUGAGUAUUUACUCUAAAUUCAGAAGAAACAUAAUCCACUGAGGUUUCAAUUCAGUUUCAGUAUGUGGACACUGACCCACACUGCAGUUUGUGUCAUAAUUGUGCUCAGGGAGACUAAGAAUAAUGCACACUGCACUUUUCAAUGUGUUUCAGACAGUGUGUUGUUCACGCAAAUAUGUUGUAACUUGCACUUACAAUAAAAUGGCAUCGAUAAUUUGAAUUACAUUGUUUUGACUGUUUGUCCCAUGAAUUAUCACUAUCAUCUGAUGUACAUACAACUGGGAUUUUAAGAUGCAUAAUGCCUUUUACAUUUUUCAGUGAACUAUGUAGAAUAUCGCAAUAUAUCGCAAUAUAUCGCAAACAUUUGGAUAUCGCAAUAUCAUAUCGUAUCGUGACUCAAGUAUCGUGAUGCGUAUCGUAUCGUGAGGUCCUUGGCAAUACCCACCCCUAGUGAACAGGUUAUCAGACAGGUAAACAUCAGCAGCAGACCUGUCAGCACGUAGAGUUCAGACCAGCAGCGGUGGUCUGCUCCUGUCUCAUUGACCCAGAUUAAGAUUCGCCUCUGUGCCCACUGACUUAGGGUCGAUGUCAUCAGCAGGGAGGUCGGAGUUCAUUUGUCUUUCCUGACAGACCUUCAGGUGGUGUUCCAGAGCUCGGGCAGAAGGCCACACCGACGCUGACCUCCAUGAGCCACACAAUUAGUUACCCUUUGACCCUUAAGUCCUGCAAUCAGACCCCAAGCAUGAAGUGGGCAUGCUUCUGCAUCCCAAGACCCUUUUUAAAUAUGACUCUGUGUGUGUGUGUGUGUGUGUGUGUGUGUGUGUGUGUGUGUAGCAUGGGAUUCACUCUGACAUGAUCUAAUAGCUCUGAGGUCUUUCUUCCUGUUUCUACCUCAUGAAAUUAACAAAACAGAGCGAUCGCCAUGCAUAGAACUUACACCAAGCCUAAUGUUGUUUCUGGCUACUUUCCAUUUUCCACUCAUAAAUAUAUAAAAGCUCCAUUAGUGCGCAGACUGUACAGCUCUUCUCCCCUUCAGUGUUGUUUAACCGCUCUUUACUGUGUGUUAUUUCUCAUGCUCCUAAGUGCAAUUAAAGCGAAUCACUCAAGGCUGCUGCGAACAGACUGACUCAUACAACAGGAACCAUUGUGCCUUUGAGCAACGGCUUUGUAUCUCAUUGCAGACUCAAGCUUUCUAUUUUCACUUUGUUUGACGUCUUCCGACAUGCAAGUCAGAACGGCACUGCGGUUUCCUUCUGUUCCUCUCUGGGAUGCGUGUUUCUCCAUCAGGAUGAAUUCCUCAACCUCGCACUGAGUGCCGCUGUGUUGUGACAUUUCAUACUAGAAGGCAGGAAGAAAAAAAAAGAGCCCCUGGUAGAAUGUGAACAAGAGCGAAUCAAGACAAGAACUCAGCGCUCGACUCAGAGCUGCCAACGACUCCAAGGUUGUCUCUUCAUUUCACAAUUUGAAAUGACAGCAUCCAUGUCCUUGUCGGCCUAUGUUGGCGUCCCUGAAAUGAGAAAAGAGACAUUUUCGUAACUUUUUCCUGUUUUGUGAUUAGGAUUCAGUGAGAUCAGGAGUGUAAGUCUUCAGUUAUCUUAUGUCUCACGCAAAGGUGAUUUGUCUGACCCUUAAUUCAAAAAGAAGUGUGCCUCGAGAGGUUAGAGCAUUCACAGAUUAGUCUGCUUUCUUCUGGGUCUGCUGGAACCUGUUUGAGUCUUGGUCUUUUUCACUGUGCUAGCUGCCUGCUUUAUAAUAUGUGAUACCGGUCAGUGUCUUAAAGUGGGUCCAGUCCUUUAGUUUGGGACUUCAUGAAAGUAAAGUAAUGAGAUACCCAUGCAAAAGAAGGAGCCACUGCAGAAGUGCUCAAGACUGCAGUUCCUUAAGUGUCCCCUUGAGGUUGGCUUCAAAAGCAUCGGACUUCCCAUUGAAGCCUAUAUUACAACAAAAAAAGCCAUUUUUGAAGCAGAGUAAUCAUAUUUACAGCAGUUUCAGUUUCUCCUGCCUAUUCUACUCUUUAUAAAACCUACAUAGCAUCUUAUUUUUUACAACUAAUUUGUUUUGAAGAUGGUAUGCUUAAAGUUUUGCACAUUUAUGCAUAAUUAGAAAAAUAACUUUGACCGAUGGGCAAGUAAAUCAUAGCUGUGGGCCAGGAUCUGCCUACACCUAACAGUCUCUUGCUGGGUUUUCUUUAAAAGCAGGUGGCUGCCAUCACUGCAUAUACACCGAGUAGGAGUUUGAAUCACAAGUGAAGCAGUGGUUUGGGCUGUUAGAUAGGACUACUGUAUUAGCAUUUAGGAAAUGGCAACCACCACCACUGGGCUUCAGAACACUGCUGCAAAAAACAACUGGUGACUCCAUAUUUGAGACAGUGUGUGUGACCCUGGUACUGUAAAGUGUCAGCAUGCUUAUACAAUUGCUUGAGGGACAGCAUGGUGCACAAGGUGUGUCCCAAUUCAGAGGCUACCUUAGCUUGAACAUAUUGACAUAUUACAGAGUAUUUUAGCCUAACAAAGCCAACAUUUGCAACAUAUAGGAUGAAGCUGCUUGCGUGGCAGUAGACUGUAGAGAAUAAUAAAGGUUUUCUAUUUUCACCUAAAAAGAAUGCUUUUAGGGUAAAAAUUGGCAUCCAGUCAUGAUUUUUUCACAACUAAUUUGAAUAUGAAGUGAAAUGGUUUGGGCUGAGUUUUGUUGCUGGCCAUGAGGCGGUUUGCUGGAUUCUAUUGUGCCCACAAGACAAUUGUACCAAAAUGUGCCAGAGAGAAAAAAAAUUUGAUAAACUAAGCAUUUUCCAGGACUGUAAAUUGAAAUCCUUCAGUCAGUAAGUGGAUUAGAGUCCAUUAUUCUCCACUGAGAUAGUUCAGCCUCCUUCCUUAUCUAGCCGAUGUUCAAUUGAAUGUGUCUAGACGUCUCAAUUAAUGAGAAAAAAAAAAACAAAACAAAACAGCAAAUGAUGGUGAGUUCUUAUCUUAGUGCAUAUUUUUAAUCAGUGCUCUCACACUCCUUCAAUGUCUACCUCUCAUAACCAGACAACAGUUUUCUAUUUAUGCAACUCUUCCUGACAGAAAGCUCUGAGCUGAUGUUCAAAUUUCUAUUAUUAGUGAUGAUUGUGCUCUCUGAGAAGUCAUUGGCAUGGUAAUGACAUCUUUCAUGAUGAAUUCAUCUCCCCCCUCUGACAGUCGUACCUACGCUGGGCUGUUGCACCAGACUGAUUCAGCCUCUCGCAACUCUGCCGAUCCAUUGUUCUGCCCGACACGCAGCAGCUUUGUGCCACACAAAAGCAUGUCACUCCCUGAGAUAAUGCUCCGCAAACUGGGAGAGGAUGGGUUGAGGGCGCUCACCUUGGCUCUGGAUGAAUUGUGCUCUGCUUUAUGAACACAUUUAAGGAGCCAAAAUGGGAGACUAACCUUUAGCUCGUUUACAGUCUCUGCUGCUUUGUGAUGCUAAGCAGUUAGCCUGUUGCUUACAAAUCUUUCUUAGCACAUGGGCUGAUAGUCAAAAUUGAGAUAUUUGCUAAAUAUAAAGGUGCCGUGUUUAACAAAAACCACUUACAGAGUCUCAUUGUGAACGCAGACUCAAUCUAUAGAGUUCCUCCAUGUGUGGAGCCAGAGUGGGAGGGAGACAGAAACUCCAUCAGAAAACUUGAAUAUUGAACAAUAUGGCAGCUUGCCAGCAUAAUUACGGCGCCGCUCAUACCAGGGGGGAAGUGAAGAGAAUAAUUGUUGUAGGAUACUCAACAUUUCACCUCGUCAUCACUUUCACAGCGCUCUACUUUCCUGAUCAGGAGUGAGCGCCCUAUAGGAAAACUGGUGUGAAAUCGGCACUGACCAUACGAAAUGAGACCAAUAUGCUCCUAUAGAUCUGUAUGUUCUUCUCCUGCUUGGUAUUUAAAUGUUGAUCUGAAAAUGAUGAGUUCUAAUCAUGCUCUCGCUGUUUAAACUGAGUUUUUUUUUUCUUGUAACGGGAUCUGGAGAAUGUUGAUGAAGAUAUGCAAUUACUUCUGUUUGAGCAUGAGCAGCUCCCUUUGCAUUUUCUUGAUUAUUAAGCGUUGGUGUGCACACUUGCAUGUCACGCUUUGCUUUCAAUGCAGCUGAGGGAGUCCUGUGUUGGAGAUUAGCUGCCAUAAGCUGUAGCUCCGGUUUGUUUUCUCUGUAAAUAAACCUUACUGAGCCAAGAGUGCAGUGUUUUCUUGUCAAAGUGAAAAGUCCUCCUGGAGAAAGUAUUGCUGUGUUUGCAGCUCUCUUUGUGUGACAGUUCAGACAGAGUAGAAGCAGGUGGCUGCCAUCACUGCAUAUAUACUGAAUAAGAGUUUGAAUUACUAGUGAAGAAGUGGUUUGGGUUGUUAGAUGGGACCAUUGUAUCAGGAUGCUCUGCUGUGUGGUGAGUGUUUUAAAGUGGGCCCUUGGACCAAAAUAGAUCUCUCAGUGAGCUGCAGUGGAUGGUUGGAAAUAGAGAUUACUGUUACAUUUUCACUCAGCAUACUAAUAAAGAUUUUUUUCAAAUGUACAAAACUGUGAUAAGAUUGUGAUUCUGACUUUACAGGUUUGAUGUCUGUUGAUUUUAACUAGUACAGCUUAUUAACUUUACAUUAUUUCCGUUUUUUUAAACGGUCACAAUCUCUGAGACUGUUCCGGAAUAUUUUAACCCUCCCCCUGCCUAUACAACCCCCUCCUCCUCAUCCCGCCCUCCCUCCCCCCCUUGUGCCCUUGCUUUCACCUGCAGUUUACUGCAACACCUGGCUCCUGCCUAUCCAGCUUGCCUGUUGAAUUUUUCAUUAUGCUCUCAUUCUGGUUCGUUUCCAUGGGCGAGUCUGGUUGGGGGAGAAAACGAGAAACUACCUCGAGAGCGUCUGGGAGCCAGAAAUCAGCCAUUCUAAUUAGAAGUGCACAAUAGUUGGUGCUAGUGUACAUAAACACAAUCCAGCGUGUCCCUAGUGAGGAGAGCACAGCAAGCAGCCCGGCUGCUGCUGCUGCCUGACUUGCUCCAUGGCAGCCGUGGGCAUGGAGGCAGAAAAUAUACGAACAGAAUAAAAUAUAUUUUCAUCCUCCUAGUUUGUGUAGUGAGGCAGCUAAGGAUGACUUUUUCCACUGUAGAUGCUUUUCCUCAGGCCCACUGUUGUCUGUGUCACCACUGAGGUGUAAAGGCAAGGAAAGAUUUGACAAAUGAUCUGCUAAAUAGUGAAUGUCACACUUACUUAAACUGGCAAAAAGCUCCCUGAUGACAUUUUUCAAUCAGUAAAUAAAUCUUUACUUCCUAGUGUCCUAGUCAUUAGAAAAUGAUUUUGAUUCUUCCAGUCUCAGAAAACACACCAUUGAUUAUUCCUAUUGAGGUUUAUCCAGACACGGCCUACUUACAACUUGACAAGAUGCCAUUUGCUAUCUGUGCUUACAGAUGUGUCUCCUUACAUCCAUAUAGUAAAGCAUCACAGCAUGAUGGCAGUCACCAUUAAACUUAGCUCCAGCCGUUGGUGGGUGGGCUAUAACUUAGACACAACAUAUGAUUUCUAUUUCAGACCUACACUAGUAUAAAUGUUUAUGAAUAACUCUUUGACCAGCAAUAGCGACAGCUUAUGUUGGCUUAAAUUUAACCCAUUAACUCUGGCCUGUGUUAAAUGAUGGGUCUACUGAUACUGUAUAUGUUUGUGAAACUCAGAGCAGUAACUUAAAGUAGUGUAAACAUUAUCUGUUGUAUGAGAGCACAUCCAGGAAUUGAACUUCUCUCUGCUUUGCUUUUCUUCAAAAUGUGAGAACUUGACCAAUCAGAAAUGGUUAAAGCUGUAAUGCCCACCCCAAAAGUGUUAAUUUUGACUGCUGAGUCUUUUUCUUUGGACUAAAAUGUCUUUAGUUCUUGUCAAAUUUUAUUUUUUUUCACCCUCAAUAGCUUUCAUCUAGAUUUAGUCAACGGUUUAUUAUUAGUGAUGUAGUUCAGCUUGUUAUCGUCUCGGAGAAAAAAUUGUCAUACAGAUUCUGUUAAAGUGAUGACCAACCACUGUCAGAUGUCUAGUGAAGAUGUUUUCUGAAAGUUGCCAAAGUCCUUCACUCUUCUGCUGUUGAGUUCGGGCUCGACCUCCCAGCAGUCUGACCUUGUCCAAAGCUGAUGAAAGCUUGAUGGAUCUGGGGCUGAGACAGUGAAGGCUGCCUCUGGGUCCUCACAGGAGAGACAGAGACAGAGAGAGAUGUUGGAGAAAAAAAGGAGAGAGGGAGAGAAGGAGAGAGAGGGAGAGUGAAUGAAGUCUGUCCAAACAGUCUGAAAGAAGCUUGUUUUCUUUAUGUGCGUGACUGAACAGGAAAAGGUAAUUAACUGGCCAAGUGGCGAAAGGCUGAAGUGAUGGAUGGAUGCGGUGUGAAGGCACAGCCACACAAGGGGAGACGUGCACACAUAAACACAGACCAUGCACCAGCUUUAGUGAACCUUUAAUGUAUUAACACAUAUUUAGUCUCACUCUGCCUGCAGUCAGAGAAGCUACAAACACCCACACGCUGAAAAGUGUGUGGCGCAUAUGGAGCACUGACAUAUCAUUAUGUGAGGUCAGUAAUGGUUGCAUGGAGGUUUGCCCGAGACCCAUGAGUGAUUACAACCGAGUCUAUCUAUGUUUAACCUCAGGGCCAGCGGGAUCUGUGGCUGCUGUAUUUUUGAUGGACAGUGACAACUGUUUUUAUGAAAGACGUGAGAAGCUGUCGGCCGCAGAGAGCUGAAUGCAGCAUGAAACCAACACAAAUGGACACGUCAAAUCACGUCUUAUCAAGAUAUUUAAAAAAAACAAAAACAUUUUAGUAAAUAAUGCACAUCUACUUGAGCCAUGACCCUGCAGUCCCUCGUCAGAAAAUGUGUCCCUGUGAGGUUCUGGACAGGUGGAGCCAUCAUGUGUUGAAAGUGUCACCGAGGGGUAAAGCCUAUUUGCAUUUUCUGUCAGCCCCUCGCUGACAGUUAGAAGGAGGAAAGAGCUACAUCACACAGGGCAGACAGACUGACAUCUGUUUCUGUAAGCUCUCUGAGAACAGAUGCCCCAUGCCGGGACGCUUGGCUGUUCAUUUAAGGGAAUACUGAUGCAAAAAAUUCUGAUGCACUCUUCAAAACAAGGUAAGCUAACAUUUGAACUUCAUGACAGGAAGUUUGUUCAUCAGUUUGUUUCCAAUAAGAGAGUAUCUGUCUCUGAGGAAUGCUGCAAGUGUUGAUGGGGUUGACUUGAAACAUAAGUAACCUAAAUCAGUGAGUACUCCAAGUCUUUAACUCACUGCAGAUAGCAUUGUCAUACAACUUUACGAUAUCAUUUUUCUUUGUCCUGUGAUUUUCUUUGAGUCUACAAAAGUUAUUGAGAUUAAAGUCAAAAACGAACCAGACAAAAAGAGGAUUAGUGACAUUGCACCCCAUGAAAAGCAAAAGCAGAAUCGAUUUUGCAUCCAUAUCUCUCACAAAAGCUAAUGGGAUAAGGAUUUAAAAACCAAAUUUCCCAUUAGAAAUGCUGGGAGCAGCAGACACAUUUCAUCAUUAUUUGAUGGAAUCUCAUUAUGCCAGAGUAAAAACCCCGAAGAGCGACAGGAAAAUGAAGCCGGAGUUUUUAAAAGAGGGCGAGUGAAUUAAUUCUCCUUGUGAUGCAGGCUUUGUGUCUGAGGUAGUGAUAUCAGCGAGGUAAUGACAGUGUACUUUAGUUGUUGCAGAAACUGCUGCUGUGUUUGGGUAAAGUGUUAUCACAGGUUUGUUUAAUCUUGUCAACUCAGCAGACAGGGCCAAACAUCUGUUUGAUGUGAUCCGGUGAGCCGCUCUUUUUUGUGUCCUACCAAAGGCGUUCCCACAGAGUUAAAUAGCAUGCAAGUGUGACAUCCUGAGUCAUUGUCUUCUCUGCCUCCAAGCAGGCAGUGGUUAAAUUUAAUGGUCUGUAUCCCAGAUCUUGCUGCUGCACUAAAACCUCAACCUGAUAUCUAAUCAGAGGCCCUCCAGCUUUCUGUUUGGAGCCGGCUGACUUGGAGAAGCGGAGGUGGUGGGGAUAGUUGAGAAGGAGCAGGGAGCAGAGGGGGAUUACACCGCUGGAUGUGUUGCUUUUAUCCCGGGAAUGUAAUCUGCCUUAAUGCCCUGCGCUCACCCGGAGCAAGGCCAGCAGCUGUGCUCGUUUUUCUCCCACUUGGCUGUCAGAGCAAAGCCCGGCUACCUUGUGGGAAAGGAGGCCUGUUGGAAGCUCUCGUCCCCACCCUGGGGUCUGGAUUGGGGUCCUGCGUUUUAUUGGGGGCCAAUCCCUUUGAGACUUACAGAGACGGUGUGUGGUGAGGGUCAACACUGUCUCAGGCCAAGUAAACAGAGAUGGUUCAGACGCAUCCUCACAGGAAGGGAAAGUUGUGCUGUGUGGUCCUGAUUUUACACGAAAUGGAGUCAUAGGAAGUACUUGGGAAUUGUAAUGUGUAAACAGGACUUGUGCUGGUGAGAACAACACUUGGUGAGGACAGAUACAAAGCACUCCCUUACUUUGUUUGAGGAAUGGUGGAAUAACAAAAGAGAAAUCUUGAUCUGGAAUGAAAGGAAGAAUGACAGAACAAUUUAAUCAACGCCCAGAGUUUAAAUUGUUGUUAUCUUAACUGAACUGAUACAAUAAACACAGGAUUGUAAAAAGUCAUGGUCUUCUUGCUGCACUUCUUGCUCUUGGUUUAUUUUUCGGCAAAUUGCACUAUCCUAAUGGCAGGCAUAAAGAAGUAAAUAGACUUUGGAGGCCACAAAUAGCCUGACUUUAAUAGGAAUAGAACCCGAAUGCAGAUAGCAACAGUUCAAAUCUGCUCUUAAAAGCUGCCGGCUGUAUCCAGCAUGUCACAACUUUUCACUUUAUUUUUCUCAUCAUGGAUGCAUGCGGAUACAAUUUUGUUUCAUUUUUCUUUCUGCCACUGCUUCAGUGGGUCAAAGGGAGCUUUUAUGUCUGGGAAAAUAUCUGUUGGGCUCAACAGGAAUAGAAAAUAUGGUUUCCCAGAGUAUUUUACUUUCAAUGGAGCGUGCCUAAAAGUCUCUCGGCUAGCGAGGGGCCUCAUGCAUUUCAAAUCACUUUGACCUUCCCCUGAUUUGAGGCGGGUUGUUACUGCAUAUCCAGCCUGCUGCUCCCUAUCAGGAGCACAUCAGAUUCAGAAUGCAGAAACAUUCAGAUGGCAGAUUCUUGUGAAAAGGUGUGCUGACGGGACGAGGUAAAUGAGGUGUGAUUCGAGAAGAAAUCCGAUGUGUGACUUUGCCCGCCACCUAGGAGGCACAGGAGAGAAAUCAUGCACAUCUUUCUCCCUGUCCCCUCAUCCAUAAGUGGUCACGGCUGAGCUUAUUUCCAUCAGCCUCUGGGCAUGGCCUGUCUGUGAUGACACUCUUCAUCAACUUGGAGACAGUCAGUUAGUAGGGUGACUCUCUCUCUCCCCUGUCCUGGUUUUCAUCACAGUUAGUGUGGGAGAAAGGGGGAGACAAACUUAGGUCUCUAAGGACUGCAGAGACCUCAUUCCACAGGCAGGGGUUUCCCUCUUUGGUGCGCUCAGCGCACCUCCUUUCCAUAAUAAGGCCAUAGCAUCUGACUGCAUUUGUCCCCAGAGUUUAAUAAAGAUCAGUGCUGACAGGCAGUAAACCAACACAACCACCCACAGGCCUUCAGGCAAGGGCCACAACCCCGGCCUAUGUCCUCCCACCUCCCUCUCCCUCUGCUCCUGUCCUCGCUCAUGCAGUUAGACUCUCUCUUUAGAUAGACCCGGGGAUUGGAAACCCAAACCGUCCCCCACUUGUGCAGAACAAUAAGCGAGGAGUUAGCGCCCUGGAGUAAGUCCACGCCUCUUUGCCAGCGGGAUUACUUUGAACAUUUGAAUGGUGUUGAUGCUGUGCAUUACAUACUUCUCUGAAGCGGAGCUACUCUUCACACCCACUUGCACCUGUCAGUAAUAUAUCUUAUGGGCGGUAAAAGAAGCAAUAUGGCCAUGAGGCUGGGUGUAGUCAUGCAUCAUAUGGAACAACUUCAUGCUUGUGUUCAAGCUUUUGAGCUGUUAGUUUGACCGUGAAAAACAAGCAUGGGUUAACUGUUAGCACUUGCAGCUAUGUAAUGACUUCUAAGAAAACUAUAACUGUUUGUAUGUUGUUGAACAGGAAAGCAGAAAAAAGGGCAAAAUCAGACAAAAAAGACACACAAACGAUGAGAAAUCUGUAGAUAAACCCCCAAAACAGGCAGGGUAAAAGGAAGGCAGAAGAGAGAACCCAAAUACAGAUGACAGUGUUGAGUCUGGAGAAAAAGACAUAAAGGAAAAGGAGGAGAGGAGAAAGGAGACAUGCAGCAAAGGGCCAUGGCAGAGAGACGAACUAGUGACCCCUACAGCCAGACUGUAACCUCUGCAUAUUGACCGUAUGGCCAAUCAGUGUGCUGGUUAAAAAUGGGAGACAUACACGUUUUUGUAUUAAUGAGGAAGGCAAACUUAAAACCAGAAAUGGUGGGAAACAACAGACCUGGAAACACUAGGUAUAAAUGCUGCAAUGCUUGGUAUGGUUUGUAUUAAGCUCUACAGUUUGUCAUUUUUUAUAUCCUCUAUGCCACCUCCUAUAAACCACAUAAAAAUAGAUUCUUUGGCCUUCAGUCCCAGCAGACCCUCAUCAUUCUCCUCUGCAUCCCCAACAUCAUCAUCAUCCUCAUCAUCACCACCGUCACCCUCAUAAGCCUGGUGGCCCUGACCCUUUAUUCACUCCAGCGGGUAUAAAGCUCACAGACAGCUUUACAGGAGAGGACCGCUCCCUAACCUCCAGAAUCCCAACUGAAUAGCAGAUGGGCUCAGCUUUGUGUGUCUUUUUAUUAGCUCUCCUAAAUCAACACCUAACAAUGCAUGGAGAGAGAGAGGGAAAUUGAUUUCUUCCAUCCGCCAGUGCCCCGAGGUGGGUAAAGGGGUUGGUCGGAGGGUAAAGGGUGAUGCUUGAUGGAAGGGCGGAGUUGACUGGUUAUGACUUGGCUUCAAUUUCCUGUCUAGGAAGCGUGUACAUGAAGCCAGACUAGACUGUGAAAAUAGCAGCCAGGGGUGUUUCCUUCAGCUCUGUCUCGCGUUUCAGUCCAAUUUGUCAUAGGCUGUUUCAUCUUAUUUCAGCAGAACUGUCCUGCCUCGCACAUAAAUAUCCCGCUUGAGCAUAACAGUGGAGAUCAUUCACGUGUCAGGAUGAAGCAGCAUAAGAUAUCAUUUUUAAAAGCUCUAUCAUAGCAUCAUACUUCUGUUAUAAGCUUCUUAUAUGUAAAUCCAUCCCUCACUGCGGGAUAUAUCCAGGCAGAAACAUUUACUUGAUCCUGCUCGGCACAUGAUCGUCCUCCGCCUGUCUCAUUCUUAGUGAGAUGAAUGGGUUUUUACAUCCUGAGUGUAUUUCUUAGCGGUCUUUGCAUCCUGUCCGUGUCUACUCAUGUGAAAAGUAAGUAGCCAGUAUAGUAAAUCAUUAACCAGAAGUGCACGGUUAACAUAAGACCAGUCCAGUCACACUCCAGUGCAUUGCUCCAUCGGAGUGUGCCUGUAGAGGUGGGUUAUGGGAGUUAGUGGAUCUGACUACAACAUGGUCCAAUUUUAAGCACUAGACUUUCCCUGUAUUCAACCUCAUUUUGGUACCAAAAGACUCUUCACCAUCAGCAACUGGAGUCCCGACCCUUGUCAGAGAAAAUCACGUAGAGUCACUUGCACUCAAGCGUGAUUUUAGAGCGUGCAUGAUCAGGUGUCCUCUGGGAGAAUUUUUUGAUGGUAGACACUGAACAUGUUAAAUAUUCAGGAUUCCGAGUCAGGAGCCUAUGAUCGUCUCCCGUGCAGAUCGGAGGGAAAAAAAAAACACCGUCAACACACACUCACACCACAGGAUAAUCUGACAAGAUAAUGAUCUGAACCAUCUGAUAACCAGGCUUUUGCUGAUGUUUGUCAGAAGGGGGAAUCUGGCUAAAAAUUAGGCAGAUGUCCAUGUGCGAUUGUUUUGACAAAAUCCACAAAAAUGAACCAUGUGUUCAGAGAAUCCUGUAGAUGACUAAAAACCUCAUUUUUUUCAAACCAUGGCUGUGUUUUUUGUUGAAAUCUGAUAUUACAGAUUAUUUUUUUAAAUCCCAAUAGAUACAACAAACUAUAACACCUCACCCUUAAAGGAAGUUAUAAUUUGGAGACUAUGCUUAUCAGCCAGGGUGUAUUUAGGAUAAUGUGCAGUUUAUCUUCAGAUUGCAGACCAAAAAAAUGUAAAACUGUAUGAGCGUAUUGUGCAUUUUCCUCCAAGAAAGGUCAACUGAAAGUCUUAUUAUUGAGCAGCCUUCAUAGGGGGGAGAUUUAGAGUCCCUCAGCCGGCCCCUGUGGUCUCUAGGUCUAUUGGGUGAGCUGUAUUAAAUGGCACUGCAUUAGAGCCGAGGAUUGUUGUUUCCUCGCCGCUUCACUCCUCCUGAUCACCUCUGAGCAUCCACAGAGCAAAGGCCUCAUAAACAUUUAUGUAUGGGCUGUGGGCUGCUGUCUAAGGCCACGACUCCACCGGGCAGAAGCCUGGUGCCCCUUUAUACCUCUUAAGAGACUGUGUUGUCUGUGCGUACAAGUGUGUGCAAGUAUUAGUGUGUGUGUGUGAGUGUGUUUGCUCCCUUAAAAAAAUAGAAAAACUGAUGUUCAACCUUCACUUGAGCUCUGCAUGCCUUUGGCUUCCUGAAGGCGGUAUUUAUUUCGCAUUUGGUGGCUUAUCAUAUGUUUUCAUGCAGGGACACUUAUCAUAUGUAAAUUGAACAGCUUUGGGGGCGAGAGUCCCCUCAGCUGUUGUUUUCUUUGUCACUCCUCCCAAGCAUAGACUGACACCCCAGGGAGCCUUCUUAAAGACGAAGUGAAAGGACAAAACUCCACUGGACACCACCUCUAAAAACAGCAAUAAGCUGAAAUCUGGUUCUCCUUCUUCCUCCUGAAACCACACAAAAUAAAUAAAUGUGAUAUUUUGAGUAAUCCCUCUUAGCUUUAUUCCAGAGUUGUCUCCUCAUGUCUGGCUUGUUUGGUCUCAGGAGUGAAAUGAGCAAAUGCCAGGUCAACCUGAUUAAGAGUCUUAGGUUGCAUGCAGGCAAAGUAUCUCAGUCUAAACAAACAACCAUCCCGAGAAAGAGGAAGUGGUUAAAAGAGGGAGUGAGGGUCCCAGAGGGCUCUCAGGGACCACACUGCUUGCAGACCAUUGCGGUCUCUGGAAAAUGUGAAUAACAUGCAGGAAAAGAUAAUGAGAUAUGACAGAUCAACAUGUUGUGCAUGGACUUAGAGCCGCCCUCCUGUUUGUGUUUAUUCUGCAGGACCCUGGAUAUGCAACCUUCCUGUUUGAGCAGCUCCAAACACCAGGGAGCCAUGAAGCCGGAGUCGGUGUCAGCUGUUGUCAGGUUUGCUCCACACCUCUCCACCAACUGAGGCAGGAGGCCUUGCAGACACUCGACAGUCCCAUCCUCACCUUCAGCCCAGGCAUGCCAACCCAGCCCACUGCGUCUUUCUUACCGCAACCGACGAGAUUCACCGCGUCGUCCUCCAACGUCCAUGCGAAACAGCUGGCUAAAGGCCAACCAGCUGCACACUCUGUCCUGCCUCUUGGGGAGAGACACAGGGUGCCGGGCUGGUCGCAGUGCUCCUCGGCCUCCUCAGGGCAGAAGACAAGUGUGCAGGUGACGGUGGCAGGAGGGCAGAUCAGCGGAUCCCUGAGCUCUGUCACCAUCCAAGCCCAGCAGUACCUCGAGGGCAUGUGGAGCAUCUCCAGAGUCAACAACUUCCUCCCUCAGCCUAAACCAGUAUGUCUCUAAUGCAUUUCUUUUAUUUCUUUAUGUUAGAUUUUAUACAUUUGAUUUGAACAUUAAAACCAGGGGAAAAACUUGAAAUCAACCAGGAGAACACAACUAAUAAUAUAAAUCUGUACCGUAUUGUACUUGUUUAUUCCAAAAGUCCUAAGAAAGGCCAAAUUGAAAGUACAAAGGUGUUGGACAUUUUACAUUUCAUGUGUUAGACCUGUAGGUACGAAUUUUAUGAUGUGAAAACAGUGCACCAUUUUAAUCCAAGAAACAACUUGGUCUUGUAUUUUGAUGAACAUAAUUUAGCAUUUUGCUAACUUUUGAAUUUAGCUUGACUCUAAUUCAGCUUGAUCCUCACUCUGUGGCAGUUUGUGGAAAAUAGCACUUUCAUGAGCUCUAAACAUAAGAGAGACAUAAAAUCUUAAGGGCAGCUGGAUCAAGAGGAACAGUGAUAAAAGAUACAGCAAAGAAUUAAAAAACAAACAAACUUGUUAUUCCUCACUAAAGACAUGCUUCAAAUGUCCUCCCUUCCUGCCUUAGAGCUCAUCAGGUAAGGUCUUUUAACUACAAAUGUUGUACACCAGACUUAAAGCCCUGCAGAGGAUUUGUUUGUCCAUAUCUGCUGGACUGCUGACCUCUCAUUCCUCAGUAGUCAAGGAGCCUGACUGAUCUGAGGUCAGAGGUCAUCGCAACACUAAUCUGCUGACCUCCUCCUCAAGGGCAUUUUAAAUGACCACCCCACAGCGUCCCCAUAACUCUUCUCUAAUGUUGGAUAAGCAUCAGUCUGUGCUGCUUUAUCUGGUGACCAGGAGGCUUGUAAAGGUCCUGAGUUUUGGCCUUGGAGUCAUAGGAUUAAUCUUAGAGAAAAUAUUUACAGCUUUAUGUUAUUUAUUUGCACAUUAAAGCAGUUUUAAUCCCAACAUUAGCUUUAGGGUAAAAGAAUGUCUCACGUCACCGUGUGCGUACAUUAUCUCGAUUAUACACUUUAAGACUUUACCAUUAAAUGUGUAAACUCUCAUUUUUCCUCCUAACUGCUCUGAUAACUGCAGUCUGGUUCAUGUCUUGGCCCUGUUAUUCCUCUCUUACUGCAUUACAAUCAAAGACAGAAUUUCACUCCUCCCUUUUAAUGUCAACAAGUGCCUUUAAAGAUGGUUUAUAGGCGGCCAUCAAAAGCUUUUAACUGCAUGUACGCAAUCCAGGGCGAAUUAAACGGCCUGGCACAGAAAGGGAGAGGUCGACUUGUGCUCUCCAUCUAUGUGUCAAAAAGCAAUUAGUGGCCCUAGUGCAGCUGGGAUGAGUUGUUCAAUGCCACACAGCGGAGGCUGGGAACCUCCUUGGACAGAGCGAAGCGUCCCUAAGGACAUAAAGUCGCAACAGAAAUGUGUGUUAUUUUCUCAAGCUGGUUUCUUUCAUUAAAACCAGAUCCUUCAGCAUGACAGAAACCCACACACUGGAGGUCUGGGAAUUCCGCUGUAUAUUCAUGAUUCCCUUUUCGUCGCCAUGUGGGGAAAGUAUGCGCUGUUGUUCAGAAAAAGAAACAAGAAUGGACUCUGUGUGUGUGUGUGUGUGUGUGUGUGUUAACCAGCGAGCCUGGGGCGCUCCCACAUAUAGCCCAUUACAGAGCACCUUGAAUCUCUGCUUCACAUCUGGAAUCAUGUUUGUGGUCUUUGGAACUGAAGCUGUCUGGCUCAGUGUUUUUUGUAAUUGGCUGACAAUGGUUCAAAUGAGUGUAGCUGCCUUGAAUUGAACACAUGGCACACAAAUAAUUAAUUCCUCAUAUUAUGGGCGGUUUAAAUGAGGAGUUCCAAGCUGUAAAAACCAGAAAAACCAAAUUCCCGAGCAGUUCUGUGCUGCUUUUCCUUUUCAAAACAAGAAAUUGAUUGACCCAUAUCUGGGAUUCUCCUCUCGCUCCGAUAAAAUCCAAAAACCACAUGUGCACUAAUCUACAAAGACGCAAGAGCUCUUGACCCAUGAGAGUUUCCGUUCUUGGCUCGGUGGCCGCCCGCUGCAUUGGCCUGCUCCUGUGCCACCAAUUUGAAACCCAGCAGAUGAUCUUGGCUGCUGAUUGUUCGGUGCAGCUGGGCUGGCAUGGUGGUGCGCCACAGAAAGCCACAACAAGACGAGAAAAAAAACAUAUACAGGAAGGAAAGAGAGGGAAAAAUCCCCAGUCUGGCCAAAGUUGGGGGAUAGUUUCAGAGUUUGGCUUUUUUUUUGCGAGGUUUGCUUAAAGAUAAUAAACAUUUCUUUUCAUUCAGGAUGGAGGAAAAUGUGUUCGAGGUUCUCCUGUGGUCACUUGUCUUCCUUAGAAGUCAGUUCUCACCUCUGUUGGUUCCAGUUUGGUUUCAGAGGCAAUCCAAGCAAGACAGCCAGAUUAGCACAAGGCCCAUUUCACUCCAGCUGUAAUCCCCUGUUGACCGCUGGGAUCAAAGGUCACUGGGGAAGUCCUGGUAGUCUCAGUGACUGAAGAUUCAAUGGACCGCUGAUAGGUCACUUCUGACUCUACAGGAAGCCGCACUCCUGAACUCUUUUUUUUUCACUCUUAUUUUCCAAAGUCUUCCCCUUCGUUCCCUUUUCCCCUUUCCUCUCCUGUAGCAAACGAAGGCGAAGGAUCAGAGGGGGUUAAAGAGGAGAAGGACAGCUCAUUACUGGCUCUCUGAGCAAACGGCCGAGCACACAUGGCUCCUCUGACACGGCCUAAUUACCUGACCAGGGGAUAGAUUGUACUUUUCAGCCAGACUCAGGGCCGGUCCAGGUCCAAGGCUGCAGAGAGUGGCUUUGCUGAUGGGGCUUACGUCCCCUGUUUUAAUACCAGAGGGAAUACCCUUAGAUAGGCACUAUGAUGAGUUCAAGUGUGUGCACUACUAUGUGUACUUGAGAUUAUUUUUCCACUGUGAGCCUGUACCAUUCCUUUACAAAGCUCUCCUUUUUGCUCCUAAAAUCUGCUGCCAAUUUGUUUGAAAACCAAAACUAAGGAGCCUGGAUUGAUGGCAGAUUUGAUGAGCGACACACAUCAGCUUCCGGUUUGGCUGCAUGUGAAGCGCUCUAGUGUUUCAUGCCAAAGUGUAAUGGGUCUUCCUCUGCGGUAUGCACAGGGUUCCUAACCUGUCACCGACACCAGCAUGGUGAGAGGCUUUCCGGUUGAGGGUCUGUAUUUGGCUCAUUUCAGUUUGCAGCCAGUUUUUCCAUGCUGUUCUCCCCGAGUCAUAACUUUACACAUGGCAGCCUGAUCUUUGACUUAACCCCCAUGAUGAAGCCUCGGGAGAGCUAAACGCAGACUCUAAAACAAGACUGCGAUUCUGAACUCCGAUAACAAGCUCCAUAGGAAGAAAAAAGGAAAGUGGGAAUUCAUGAAAAGCACGCACCGUUUGAGGAAGGGUCAGUGAAGCUUGACUGGGAGAAGAUAACACCUCCGUGCUUUAAUAUAGCAGCACAUUGUACAGCUAACACUUGAACAUCGUAAAGCUAACGUCACUGCAGAGCUGUAGCCGAGCCGCUCAUGUAAAUGUCAGAAUGUAAGUAUGUCCUCACAUCCAGAAGUGUUGCAUUCACAUGUCAGGCUUAGCGUAUAAAUAGUGCAGCUGUCAGCGUGCAUUGACAAAUGGCACAUAAUGGAGGGCCGUACACUUUGCAGAAAAAGAUCAUAAAGGAUGUUAUUUUACUUGCCAAACAUGAAUCUGGGGCAAACACUGAGGCGGUAAAUAUGCUGAGGGGCCUGAGCUGUGUUUAUAAUACAUAUCCUGUCAAAUAACACUAAGGCUGCAGAGCUGUGCUGUAUUCAAGGUCGUUCCUGAUUACACAAUGUUCAGGUGUCAGUGUUAUGAAUGUUUUUAGGAAAACUUUGGCCUUUAUUUAUUUAAUUCCCAACGCUGAAAUCACCACAGAACCGGUUCUUGGCAGCUGCUAUUGAUCAUUGUCUUGAGGGAUAAACUAGCAGCUCUGGUGAGGAUUAACCUUUUGUCAGGAGGAUGGCGACUCUGGCUGAAGUGGAUUCUCAGAGUUGCCUUUUGGUUUCUGUAAUUAGCUCUUUGCUCUCCUUGAGCUAGUCUGUGAGCAGGCAGUGAUCCGCUACAGACUCCAGCUGAACCUUUACGCUCCAUGUCCACAAAGCUGCUCCAGAUUUAGCUUCAACCUUAGACAGGAACCCAAGACUGGAAGGCUUACUGCACAUCCAGCUUUAUUUUUUUGUAGAUUUAUUAUGAAUAUAGUUCUGUGUUGAAGCCUUUUAGUCAUUUUUCAAACUUUAAUUUGACUCUGUGCUCAUUUUAAAUGAAAAAACAGAACUCAAAAGGUUAUUAUUCUUGGAGAGUUAUCAGUUAUGGUUAGUUAGCACCUCAGUGAGGAUGCAAAGGUAAUUUAGCCUCAACAGGUGGUUAUUUUUCUUCAUAAUAUUAAGUUGAAUUCAAAUGUGUUAUUACACAGAGGUUCCAUUGACCAAAAUACAAAAAAUCCAUGCUUUUCCUGCUGCUUUAUUUAACUUCUGUGUGGUUCAAACAGCCACAGGAAUCAGGAAGCUUUUAAAAGUUUUUGUUGUUUCUUUUUUGUCCUGAUUAAGCUCUAAACCUGCACAAGAAACUGCUCCAUAUAUAUAGUGUGACCUGCAGCAGCACGUACAGUAUGUGAAAAGUGUAAAGACCGACAGGCAGCACACUCACACGUGUCAUUGGCAUUAAUUUCAAGCGCCUGUGGGCUGACCCAGAAGCAGCUCACCUCGGUUUACUCCCGUUCAAUUACCGAGCUGCCAGAGCGGGGUGUGCUCAUACAGGCACGGUUUCGAUACCUUGUAAAGCUAUCUCAUUCCUUACAUUGUUGUUGUUUGUUUACUCCCUUUGAAACUCUCUCUCAUGUGGUCCAUGUAGACCUCAACCGUGUCAUGCUUAUCGUUGUUGUAAGUAAAGUCCUGAAUCAGCCUCAGAGGUGGAGAUACAAUCGGGUGCAGAGUGGAGUAAAUCGCCUGUGAUUUAAUUACUAAUUAAAUGUGGGUUAUCACUUAAUUACUGUAGGCUACAGCCAGAGCAACCUCCAGAGCGUUGCCAGAAUGAAUGCAUGGUGCAGCAUCCUGGCUGUUCUGUAGGGAUCCCUCUGCUGUGGAUACUGCUGACUCCUGCUAACCUGUUCUGGCUGCAGCAGCUGCCUGUCCAUCUGUGGCACAGAGGGAGUAAUGGAGUGGAAGGAAGGUGGGCCAGAGCAGCGAAAACUUGCAGUUGAGUUCUUAUCUGUGAAUCUUUGUGUCAACAGGGGCACGGUUUGAUGGGGGAAGCAGACAGGGAUGUUAAACCAUCAGAGGCCCUAGUCACCACCGCCGCAGCCGCCACCGCCACCAUGACGGCUGCUAGCACCAGCAGCACCCUGACGCCUUGCAGAGUGAGGAGCUGCAGCCAAUCGGGACUCCCAGCACCCAUGGUCACUAACACAUCCACCUCCACCUCUGCGUCCUCAUCUACAGCAGCCUCCUUUUUUAUAAGGUAAGCCUCUCCUCCUCCCUCCCCUCCCCUCCCCAUGUCCUGUCAGAACAUAGAGAUUACAUCGAGCUGUUGUGGUGUUAAAUGAAGUGUUUAGAGUUUGUGCAUGCAUCCACUCAGACUCCUGUGUGUGUGUAGAAGAGAUAUGUAUGGACUCGUCUUCAAAAUGUGUGUCUAAAGCCCUGCUCCACGGUGUUAGCUUCCAUGUGGGGCUCAUAUUGCAUGGAGAUGUUGUUCUUGCAAUGCUUGAAUUGUAGCAUCGCCUUGGGAUACGCACCAUCAUGGGACUAAAUGAACCCUAAGUUGCAAGCACCAAUGCUCAUGAAUGGAUAAUAGAAUUGCAUAAUUCGAUGUGAAGGAGGGAGCAUCUCACGAAGGGGCUUAGCUUAAAGCUGACUAUUGUCCCGAGGUAUUCUGUGUUUGGUUAUUUUGAGUCUUUUAAAACAGCUAUUUUGAUUUAGCAGCUUUGCAGGGCUGUGUAAGUGUUUGGUUUGAGUGUAUGUCUGCUACAAAUUUUGCCCUGCUCCUCUUGGCUCUGGCGUUGUUGUUGCCCUGGAGAAUCCGUCACCCUCUCCAGGCGGGUGGAUGCCGAGUGCAAUGUGGUAAAUUGUCAUUGAUAGAUUCCCUGGCAGGCCAGUCAGUGCAUACAUCCCCUGCCUCUACUCUCUGAGGAGAGCUAUUCCAUAAUGAAUGUUGGCGAAAGGGGAAGCUGGCUAAGAAUGAUGCAUAGGACCAUUGAAGCUCUGCACCACAGGAGGUUGAAGGGACUUGUAGAGUGUGACAGGAAGCCCCAUGGGGGAUCUGUGGAGCACAAGAAACCCAAAUGGAGUCUGUGUUUGCCAGCUUUCAAAGGGUUCGAGUAUAUCAGUGGGACCAUGAGGUGAGGGGGACGUUCCACAUCCUCUGCUAAAUAUGCAAUGUCCUGUGUAUGCAGCUUCCUGUAGUCCUUUACUACUGCAAGGUGCGGCCCUCUGUUAGACAGGGUUAAUUCCUGACACUGAUUUAUUGGUUCUCAUGUUUUCUUUGGACCCAAGCUCAAAAAGAGAAGCGCUCCAGUUGGCCAGCGUCUGCUAAUCGUAGGGAAAAAGGGAGGUGGACUUGUUUUUUCCCUUGCAGCAGGUCCUGGUGGGGCAGAGGGGGUGUAGGUGGAAAUCCAGCAAAAAGGUCCCACCUUUAAUUUCUUCCCCGAUGAUAAUUUGCUGCCAAGAAUGUGGUGUUUUACUUGGCUCAGGGAAACACAAUGAUGUCGGCCCGGAUUUAAAAAGCAUUACAUUCUGCAGUCGCAGUAAAGGGUGGUGGAGGUGUUUGAUUUGAAACACACACCCUUUUCCUGACCAUAUGCAGCUGCAAUACCAUCAUCAUCAUCAUCAUCAUCAUCAUGUUGUUGUCUUUGUUUUAUCUUUUUGUACAGAAUAACUCUGUUAAUUGAAAUGUAAGUUCCCAGAAGUCAACACAAAUUGGAACAAUCAACAGAUUUUCUUAUUUUCUCAUCAUACUGGGAGUGCUUAGUUUAAAAAAAAAGGAAAUUAAAACAAUGAAAUGGGUGUCCUUCACGUUUUAGACUUGAUUGAAAACUCACAUCUGAUUAGUAUUCCUUUUUGUUCUCGAUAGAUACAAUUAGCCGGAUGCAUGUGUAAAAUCCUGAGAGCCAAGAAUGUAGGAGCAGAAUAACCAAACAGCAGUUUCUACCCCGGCGGAGUGGAGAAAGGCUCCUUAGACACUUGUCUGACAUUCACUAACACCGUUCCACUCAGAGAUGAAAUUUUAAUUAGAAUGCAAUUAGCCAGAGUCGGGCUGCUCGCACUAUUCUGCUGCGGAGAGAAAAGAAGAGCGUGAGGAACAAAAGAAAGUCAUUUCUUUUUUACAUUGCAAAAAUAAGUCAACCGUUCACCGGGGUUUGGGAAAAAGCAUUUCAUUUGUUUCAUAUAAGACGUGUACUGACUGAAAAAGUCAUUUUGGCGCAAAUUAUUUCAUAUCUACAAAAGCUAGGAGGUCAGAGUCAUUGUAGACAAAACUGUUGAUAUAAAGAAAAUUUCUCUUCAGAACAACAGCAGCUUCCAUCAAACUGUUUAUUUUCUAGUGUUAAAACAGGGAAUACCUGAACAAAUUAUUAAAUCUGUUUUACAAAUUCUUAUUUUGUUAUUUUUGUGAUAUAACAAGUGAUACUUGUUGGUUUCAUUCAUUACUUAGUUGCACAACUCUUAAAAAUCUCUGGUGAAUCCACUAACUGAGGUGACAAUAUCCUGAUUUUUCAACACAUUUCCCAUUCAAUCUCCUAAAUUGUUCAUUUCUCUGCUUCCUGUCUGUAAUUGUAGAGAAUAACCCGACACAGAGAUGACCCCGGGGUUAGUAAUGACCAAUCGGUAAUUAGACAGACUAUACAGUCUUCGGAGGACAGGAAGAGUCAAGGGUCAAACUGUGACCUGGUGGUGUGUGUGUGCAUGUGGGCACGCCAUUAUGUGUGUGUACGUGUGUGUCAGUGAACAAUUGGGGGUGGGGGUGAUGAAUUUAGAGCCAUGUGUUCAGCUGACUCGCACGUUAAGCGCUGAUUGCCUUGUGACAGAGCAUAUGAUUAGUGUAUUGACACAGAGUUGUGUAAUGAAACCAGGCGAAGCUCACAGCAGGGCACUGGUCGCCGCGUCUGACUGCCGCCUCAUAGAUCCCUCUGCCCAUCCCUCUCUUCCAUUAACACCUGCUGAUUGUGACGGUGUGGUUAUUACCCAAAAGAACUGUGGGAUUUCUCAGUGCCCACUGCCGUGUGGAGUCCACUGCUCAGUUUGAUGCUUACUUUUCUCGGUGUGCUCAUUUCUCCGUAGCAGCAUGGGACACUGUCUAUGGUCUGUCAUUGCUCUCUUGUUUACUGAAGAGAGGCUGGUUCCUUAUUGUCAUCAUUUGGAAGCGACUAAUAUCCCAGUGGUUUAAUUUGAAAUGAAACCACUGCCUACCUCACAGUCUCAAGGAACAGAAACAGUCAGAAAACAGUCAAACUGAGUGCAGUUUAUUAAACAUGACAAAAAAAAAAGAUCACAGAGUUUGCAGAUAAAAAAAAAAAAUCAAAUUGGUUUGAUGAGUGUGGCUAAUGAUAGCAGAGAUAGCACACUAGCCAUUGGGCUCAUACGUGAAUAGUCAUCUGUCAUGACUGAAUGUGGCUUAAAGUUUGGAUCAAAGAAGAUGUAGAUAGAGUGAAACAGAUGAAAACAGAGUAAAACACGUGAUCAAACUUCUGCAAUCUGAGACCGGAGUUAGUUCAAGGAUGAUUCAGGGGCAUUGCAGGCUUUAGACGGUGGCAUACAUGGCAGGCAGCUUGUUAGACAGCAUGGGCAGGGCAGACAGCUGUUUGCUGGAAUGUGGCCCUGGAGGAGUUUCAGGAGGAAGUGGUUUUAUGGCCGUCCAUCGCCGCCCUGCAGCUGCUGCCCAGGUGAGUGUUUACACCGUAAUGACUGUCAUCGCGCAGGAGGAAUCCUCCUGUAAUUGUGGCAGCAGGGCCAUUUAGCCUCUGUUCUCCUGUGCACACAAGACCCUGCAACACUAACUCUGCCCUUCAUCCCUGAGGCUGCUCUGAGUAACCAUAGAAACAAGUCAUUAUCCUGUGGGAAUAAAAUGUGACGAAUUUUUUCUUUCAAAGUGCAGAUUGGAAAUCAGGAAGUCACUAUCCCCCUCUCAACUGGACUGUAAUUUAGCCAAAGGGAGGGACAGGCAUGCGUUUAAUAAUGAGACUUGUUUGUUGCAAAUUGGAAGCACUGCAGGAUCACAAGUGGUUGUUCUGAAUUACACAUGUUGAAUGACUUGCUGAGGUUUAUUGCCCAAUCAGUGUUCAAUUUCGGCUCUUGAGUCUGACCUCUUUGUUUGUAAAAAAGGCUGGGAUACUUUCAUCCGUUGCUGCGGGAAAUACAGAAGUUCUGCGGGCCAAACAAAGCAGGACUGUGCUGGGCGUUUGGUUGGCCGUGCUGUGAUUGACAGACGGGAUCUGACUAAUAGGCAGGACAGAUUAUGUGGAGCAGCGGGAUCUACUGAGCGCUGUGGAUCUGGCCCACAUGGCAGAUGGUUAAGAUACAGAGUGGGACAGAAGCUCCCCGGGAUAAAUGUUGUCAUUCAGAAGGCGUGCUCAGGCUGAUGCUCCAUCCUGACAGAAUAAGAAGCAGCGGGCGUGUACCUGUGGAGAAGAAUAUUGGAUUCACUACCAUGGGAGUCAAGUAAGUUCUGUUGCAAACAAACAACACUGAGCUCACUCGGAUGUACGAACUCUUGUUGUGUUGUACGUGCAACCAAAUGUUUGUGUUUGAGUUUUUUUCCCACUGUCUUGCUGUCUCUCUCUCGUUUCUCUCUCUGUGUCACUCUCUCCACUCUGUGCAAUGUGCAGUUUUGUGCAUGUAGAGUUGGACUGUCUGCUCCCUGGAGGUGAGAGGCUAAUGGUUUUGUUGUCAAACCACGACGAGAUGGAUUCCUCCACCGGAGCCAGAGUGUGAGCAGAAUGUAUAGCGCGGCAGAAAACAUAUUGCAGAAAUGCUGGCUCCGUGUUGAGGAAACAGCCACAGUGGAGCAGAAAUGUUAAUACUACUUCUACCUCCAGAGCCUGACAAAUGAGAAUUGAUUCAUAUCAAUCUGUUGAAUGUGAGCAGCACAUGCCCAGGGCGGCAAAUAGCUCAUCAGAAGUAUUGAGUGGGUGGUAGCUGGGAUGGUUGAGCUGCUCUGUGGCAUUUUGUCUUUGUUUACUGUUGGAUAAAACACCAGCUGGCAUUUUCCUGCCAUAAUCAGGCUGAUGGGACUAAUGGCUGCCUCAGUGCAGCAGCAGACACAGUGGCAGCUCCAGCUGAGGCCAAGAAGGGGCUGCAGCCUGAUGAUAAGCCCAGGUGUGAAUCAAUCCGAGGUCUGUCAGGCGCCGUCAAGGUUGAGGUGUUGAUGGAGAUCCAGCCUGGCCUUGUAGCCUCAGGGAUCUUGAGCAGGUAGAUACAUCCCACUGCCCUCAUGCACCUUCUCAUCCACUAACAGCCUUCCUCUGAGUCAUGUUCUUUGACUGUUCUCGUGAAAAAGACGGCAUUGUUCUCUGACGUGGGGACACAAAUGUAAUCUUUCCAAUGUUAAGCAUUGCUGCAGAACGGAGCAUGUCCAGACAGUCUGAAUGACUCUGACACACUGCGUGCUGCACGAGUUGAAUAUUGCAUGAGAAACUCUUAUUUGGAUUCUGAGAGUUGCCCUUCACAUAAUCGGUUUUGUGAAGAAUUUCCUGUACAGCUGAAGAAGCGCUCCCGCUGUCGCUGAUUCCCUCGCCUCUUUCCGGAUGUCUGUCUCCUCCUCGGGAUAUGAUAACAUGGUGUGAUAGUGCUGCGCCCCUGCAGCUACGAGGGUGACAGGCGGUGAAGAAUCUCUUGUGCCUGUCAUUAUGAAUGGCAAAGAGCUCCAGUGAUAGAGCAAAAAAACAAAAAAAAAACAGAGUUUGUCACUGAAUGUGUGAGGGAUAACCCACUGCCCUCUCUCCCUGCUCCCCCGAAUAAAUCCCUGAGUCAGGAAGUCUGUCUGGCCCACUCAUAUAGCCCGCAGGGGGCUGAAAGAGGGGGGUCGACAAACAAAGAGCCGAAGCGCUGACUCAAGCCUGUGCACUCACCCUGGGUCCGUGUGUAGUAAGCCCUGCGGGGGAGAGGGGAAAGCACUGCAGUCCGCUCAUGACAGAUUUCUUUCACAGGUAGAGAAAUGAGAGGAUGUGGAGCUCAGAGCUCAGUCCUGUGGGCCUGACACCUAACAUAAGGCUGCCUUUGUCUCCCUGUGUGUUUGGAAGGAGUACACUAGUUGAGUGUAGGCAGGAGAGGUCAUCCCUUUUAGCAUUAAUCUAUUUGCAGCUCUGUUCGCCAGCCCACGUUUGACAUUCCCCAAUUGGACAACAGCUCUGAUAGCUGCCCUAAGGGCUCUGCGAUCCCGGCAUUAGCGUUAAGUUGCAUUAUGCUCCACUUUGCUCAAUUCUCAAACCAGCAUCCUUUUGAAAAGAUACAAAGCAUCAUUCCUUCAGGGAUACUAUCUAACCCUCUUUAGUGUCCCACAGUGAAAGGUGUCAUGCAAAUGGAGUCUAUUAUCUGUAUUAUUACAACCACAGUCACUUCCUCACUGUGAGACAGAGUGUAGAUGUGUUGUGGAAUAAACAACGCUGAACUGUAAUAGCUGGUGGCAGUGAAUAUGCGUUAAGGAGAUUUAUGACCUGUUGUGUGCAGAUGCAGAAUCGAGCCAGUGGCCUCUGCUCUCACAGGACGCCUUUAUGUUUUACAACAAUCCAAUGAAACAAAGAUGGCUCCUGGAAGCGCUCCGGGCACCACUGAGCCUCACUGUGGCCUAUUUGAUAUGAAAAACAAAUAGCUGCUUAAUCAGAGGUAGAAAGUUGAUUUCCCCAAACAGUAGUUCUUUAUAUUUCACAGACCAACCCUUUCGGCACCCCUGUCUGUCAGUGGUUGAGCCGAAACUCAGAUUACCACUGAGGAUAAGGCCAUUGUCAGGACAGGUGGUUCAGUGUUUACCUCAUCACCCUCAAACUAGAUUGCCUGAGCAUUUCAACACUCUGUCCAUUUCUUCAAGAACUUGGCUGAUGAGGCUGACAAUUAAUCAUUUUCAAAUGUAAAAAAUUAACCCUUGGCUUUGAUUGGUGCGAAAGCUGUCGCUGUAAGUUUUUAGCUUGUCAAAGUUAGAAAUGUACAGGAUAGGACUUUUUUUUUAAAUCAGUUCAUCAUUGAAAACAUUCAAAGGACAAAUUGUGAAAACUCUGAGGUCUAAUGCUGCGUUCCAGUUCCUUCAGAAGUCGGAUGUCAGAGCUGGGAAUGAUGUUAUACCGGAGUUGAUGGCGUUCCAGUAAACAAGUCAGAAAACCAAGAUGCUACUGUUAGCCGUUGUAAUCUGUUGUUAACAAUUGUCAGCUGUUGUUAGCUGUUGUCAGUUGUUGUUAGCCAUUGUCAACUGUUGUUAGUGGUUGUUAGCUAUACCAGCUGUAAACAACGCAUUACACAGUAUUUUACUCUCCCAAACACCAUAGCACAGUGUUCACAGUUAGACGUUGGGUAGUACAACAUAUACCACUUACUUAAUUUCACAAAAGUGCUAAUAAAUAAUGGAGUACGAGAGCUUUCACUGUUACUGUUUACUGUUGAUGCACUGUGCUGCCAUCUUGGAUUAUGACGUUGUUGUCAAAUCUUUCCGAGUCGGAAGUCUGACUUUAGGGGGGCGUUCCAAAUGAAUUUCCGACUCUGAGCUUAGAAGUCCUGACUUCCGAGUACAACUGGAAUGCAGCAUAAGUACCAUCAUACAGCUAAUGUUAGCAUAGCAUCGGAAACAGGAUUGAGCUUCAUUAUCACUAUACCACAGUAUGAUGGGAAUUUGUAUGGUGUGCACUUAGAAAGAGCAUUGAAAUUAUAAUAGGAGUCAUCAAAACUGACAUUUUAAGAUAUUUGAAGUAAAAAUGUGCAAAUUGUUUUAAAAGGUCUAAACAAGGAGCUUUGCACAAGGUCAAAGCAUCCAGAUCUCUUCUUGUCCAACUGUACCUCUGAGUUGAAGCAAACAUCUGUGUCAGACUAGUAGCAUGGAGGAUAUGUCUUCUUUGGGUUUCUGCUGCUGCUUCCUGCAUACACAUCUUCGUGAAUGGGGGAGGAUUAUUGCCUGUAAUCGGUUCACGACCCAGCACGUGAGAGCCAGCUGCAGUGUGCUAAAAAUCCCAUUAUCCCCGUACACUCUAUGUGGCCCAGCGAGUGUAGCUAUGGUUGACUUUUAUGAGUGUGUGAUACAGGAUAAACUGCUUAACUUGGAAUAAUGCGGUUGUAGUUGUUAAUGUCUUCAUGGCUGUUCAAAGAGACACAUUUCCCCAUGCUGUGAGAUUAGUGUUCCCUUUCCUGUAUACAUCUGUGAUAAAUAAUAAUCUCCAACUUCUGUCUGAAGAAAAGUCACUAAAUCCUCGACUCUUUCCCAAUAUAGAUUCAUUCAAGUUUGAAAGAAACCGAAAGUCAAAGCAAUCGAUAUUUAAUAUUUUUAUCCCGCUAUACCUGGCUGUGUUUAAUAGAGGUGGUCGGUAUAUGCUGUAGCAGAAAAAAAAGAUUUUUGGGAGUUUAAAAAGUUGACUGGCACACCCGUAUCAUGUUUGUUUCUUCAGCACUUUUUUGACACUUAAUCAUACUAAAGUGACUCCACCCACAUCAUGGCCAUCUCCCUGACAGUAUGGCUCAUUUGGCCCGACUUUUUUUUGCUUUGUUUUCUAUUGAUUUGAAUAUAGAUGAAGGAUUAAGAAACACAUGUAAGAAACCUCCUCCCCCUGUGUUCUGUCUCUCUGGACAGCCCACUGAUUAAUCACUCCCAAAUGUUCACCACAGCCUGCGGGCCUGUUUGUUGUGAUAGCCUCUGUGUGGAGAAGUGCAAAUAAAUAAUCGCUAGGUGUCUUACUCUGGCAGCGAGUGAUUAAUGAAGCAGAGAAGUGGAACAGAAGUACUCUGGCUUUCCUCUUCUCUAAGUGCCUUGAACACGCUCAUCAUUCUCUGAAGUUGUGCUUCAUUCUGAUAUGAUGUUGCGUAUUAUUAAUCCAAGAAGACGUUGUAUUUAAUCAGAGAGGCAUGGCAUGUUAAUGAUUGCUCUCAUUUGUCUCCUGUAUAUCAAAUACCUGUCUCAACUGUAUGCCGAACUGAUUUCUGAGACAGAGAACUGAGUGCCAAGAUUUCUCUUGACCUCCUCAGAGCAGGACAGCCUUCCUGAGGUUUUCAGGGAAAGACGUGGGUGGGAUGGUGGGUGAAUCUGAGUUCAGUUUCAGCGCUCAGGGUGGGAAGUUAUUCCAGAUUCUCCUCAGCCUGGGAGAGGAGUGUAAGCAGAAUACCUGAAGCAGUGUCUGAGGUGCAGAGUGAAAAUGCCCUGGAAGAGAUGAAAGCGGCUGUUAAUCUCUGUCAGCAAUGCCAGGAGUGGGGAGUCUGCAGUUUGUAGAGCGGGGAAGAACAUGUCUUCAUUAUCGUCUGUCACCCAUCAGCUGAAGUGGGAAUUUUCUACCAAGACUUAUUUUCUCUGCCCAAACAAAUUUGACGUAAUAGCAGAGAAUUUUCUUCACUCAGAACCAAAGGUGCAGUUUACUUCUGAAUGCCUCUUCUGAACUAGCUGAGGUCAAUUGCCACAGAUUUUCCUUAGAGAACCAAUUGACUCUCUGAGCAGGUAUGUCCAAUCCUUUCCUCUAGGGGUCUUAAAGUGGCCUCUUUAUCUCAUUGACUUACAAAUAGGACCUGCAGAGCCAGUGCCCUCUGCUGUGCUACCUCUCAAAGCUACAUUAAAUUGUGAUCCAGGAUGCUGCAAGAACAAUAACACAGACUGGAAAUAGAAUAAUAGCUCCUGGCUUUUAUUCUGAAGUUUACUUCCUUCACUUGUCUUAAUCCCCAUUUAAGCUUCUAAUUUAGCAAGAGGGCUUUGUUGCCUUUCAGAGUGGGGAAGGGGGAAAUUGGUGGGUGUAUGACUUGGACGUGGGUGCUGGUUGUUUGGAGACAGUGCUUUAUAGGCAGACUAUUAAACACCGGAUGUGGUUGUGGAGUAUUUCUCCACUAAUUAUAUUCCCUCCAUCAUUAAGAGUUUAACCAUCCUUUGGAGACGCUUUAGGGUCUUUUUUUUCUUGAUCUGAUGUCCAAGGAAACAAGAAAUAAACCUGUUUUCAUAGUUUCUUUGAUAUUUUACUGCACUGUCUUCAAUCUAUGUGUUGAUACAAGUCGCUGCUUAAAUCUACUGUUGCUUAACACGUUGUAGCACCCAACCAGGCUUUCUUGAAUAUUGAUGAGUUUUUUCACUUUUUGAUGCCAACUGUUCCAUUUAUUCUUGGCCGACUGGGGAUUCCCAUCUUUGGGAAUAAAGCAAUUCCAAGCUGGCAGUGGCACAUCCCCAACGAUCAUUUUUUCCUGUUUCUUUCUCAGGCAGAAAAUGAUUUACCUCUUCAUGGACAGCGCCUCGCUGGCACAGCGCCAAGGCCCACUGAUCGAAGGGAGGACUCUGCUUUACACCCCUGCAGCUCCCCCCCCUUUCUGCCUCUAUCUUUGCCUCUCUUCCUUCUUCCUCUUACAGACUAUAUUUGGAGGUUCUUCCUUUUAUAUUCCGUUUUUUUUAUCACUUUCGUUUCCUCACUGCUCCCCGCUCGCACUCCUUUUCUUUCUUCCCCUGUGCUUCAAAUGAUCCCCCGUUAUUCAAGCUAUUCUCCAGAGGAUGCCCUAAUUCCCUCGUUUUCCACCUCAGUCGACACACCGUUUGAAAAGACUUUUGAGGGGGGCCAUGACGAAAGAGGUUUACAAAGCCCGGGUAGAAUUUAGGAUUUUAUUUAUGGAGAGCUGUGUGUGCCUUUUUGGCUUCAACAGAAGAAAUCUAACAACCUGCGUCAUGAGAAAAGUAUGACACUUAAGUUGCAUAAGGAAGCAUCCGCUUUUUAAGGGGAAUAUAUUCCUUCCUAUGACAGUACAUUAUGUUCACAGGUGUCUGGUGAUUGUGUUUGGCCUUAGCUAAUUGGCUGAGGAUUGGUGCAGUGAAGAUGUGUGCUCAGCCUUGGGCUGUCAAAACACAAAUGAUGUCCCAUUUGGUAUUUUGUGUCCAAGGCCAGACAGACAGACAGACAGAACAAAAGCCUCGUUGAACACCUUGCAGGAACAAAGAGACUUUCUUACAGGCCUUGUUCCAGUGUGUCUGGAACAUGCCGGCUAGCUGGACAUCAUAUUCAUUGCUGUGUAGUGUGGCUGGGAUCUGUUUUAUUUCAUCUAUUUCUGAGGAUUUAAAGGAAGAGUAUAAAUCCUAGCCUGGAGGUGUUUGGGCCACUUCCUGCAAACUCAUGUUGUGUUAACCAACACUGGAGGCACAAGCUCCCUGCCCGGUCGACCAUUAAAAUAGCGGAGUCGAAAAGGAAACAGGCUGGCAGUUAGUUUAAAGCUUCAGAGCUUUGGGUUGAUAAGAUUCAACUGACUGACAGAUAAGCCUGUUGGUUCUCUCUUCCAUUUUAAUGCAUCAGCCCAAGGAGAGAGGAGAAACGUUUCCUAAAAUGACUGGGAAGAUCUGGUUUUUUACUGAUACUCAUCUAAAGCUGAUUUUUUUCUAAUAAAACCCAGCUGCACAGAAGCAAUUUCUGCUCCUGUAUCUCUCAGUCUGAAUUUUUUUAGCAGCUCCUUUGAGGUAAGAUCACACAUUUUCGCUACUGUUAACAGUUGUUGAACUACUUUCAACAUAUUCCUCUACGGGAUGUUCCUCUAUGAGGUUUUAGUUGUUUUGAGUGGUUUAAGAUAAUUGAGAGGAAGUCAGAAAAAGUAAAUUAAUGUUUAUACCGGUGGUCUCUUGAUUGCAGGGGGGCUUCAGAGAGGAGACAGCCUCACUACCAGACUAGUCCUCGGUGCCACACAUGAUGCUUGCUUUGUUCUACACCCACCAGCCUGUUCCUCACAGACUGUCCCCAUGAGCUUAAUGCUGUGUCUCCGGUUACCUGAAACCACAUAUUUCUUUGGUUAUUUAAAGAGUCGACCCUCAUGCGGGAGCCCUCAGCUUUAAAUGUUGGGGUCAUGCUUAUAUCCAUACAUGAAUGGCUGUAGAUCUACAGGAUGGUGACACUCGUGCAGAUGGAGGUUGACCUAUUUAGACACGGCUGUAAUUGUACAAAAAGUGUUUUAUUGUGUGGAAGCAUUCGUCUUGUUCCUAAUGAUCAGCAGCCUGGCCUUGCUUGUAAAUCUUGUGUGUGUGGGCCUUCUCGCUGCCAGGGCUGUUUGGCAGAGUAUGACAUCAUCUCCCCUGUAUUUGUGUGUGUGCGUGUGUGUUUAAGAGCUGAUGUCAUGGUUGCUUAAUCACCACUGAGGCUGAACAGCAGCGUGGUCAGGCUAGUGGUGAGCUGGGACCACAUCUUUGGGGCUAGCUGAGAAGCAGGACUAAGUUUGUCCAAGAGAAGACCGUGCAGAAGCUGAGCUGUGGAGGCUGGUCAUAGGUCUGCUACUCCUGCUUUAUCUGGACCAGUUCUGGGAUUCUUUAAAGUCCCACUUCGAUAGUUCUUUUUUAAUACUUUAAGUGUUCUCAGCAGUCUUUAGACAGUGAUUACAAAGUUUUUAGCCAAAAUCACAUUACCUGUGUUGUUUUCAAGGGCUUUUUUUUCUGCAGAGCUCAAGUAGUUCAUCAGCAAUUCACCUCUGAGUUGUGGGCAGAGACAGCGCUGCUCUGCACACUUCUCCAUAGCGGGCCUCCGGUGGCAGAGCUUGGAUUUGCUAUGUAGGAAAUCUUACUGUAUCUGAACCUGCAGUUUGGGUCUGCCAGAGAUUCACAGUGAAUUAAAUGCAGAAAUACUCAGAAGUGCAGUUUCACACUUCUUUUUCUCAUGAUAUGUCCUCUAGAAUCAGAAAAAAGCCAUGUAAACACAUAGACAACAAGAAACAAGAUUUUCAUUGGACUGGGUCUUUAAGAGGUGGAGCCCUGUAGAUUAAUGUCAUACCCCCACACCUUUGGGGUGCAAAGGUUUGAUUGUGUGAAGGGCGGCCCAUCAAUAAGACAGGGUGUACUGAUUUUAGCUCUGGGGGGCUUUCAGAUUGAUUUCCUUAUGACUCAAAAACAUAGAACCUAACCUGAUAGAUCAACAAACUUCCAGCCCAAUCCAUCAAUUAUUAUUAUUAUCUGCUGAUCUGGUGUUUUUGGGCUUCAACACCAAACAACUACAACAGGGUUUCACGCACCCAUUUCCACUCUGAAAAUCUCACUUUGGUCCAGGAUGAAUUAUGAAUGUCCCUGCGUGACUCAUUGUGCAGCAGUCAUUAUCUUUGCAUGGAGUUGAGGCUGGCUGGAGACCAGUAAUACCCAUCUCCAUUCAUGUAGAGCUACGCUGGGCGACUAAUCAGCAGCGGUGUGCGGCAGGACUCACUAUAGGAGGGUUAAAACAGCCUGAUAUCAGCCGCACUGAUCUGAUGGAGGCAUGAAUGGCCAGAGCAGCCUUAUCUUGUCUGCUGAAAGAGAAAAAAGAAGAAUCACAGAAAGGGAAUGUCAAGGAUGGUAAAUGCGGCCAACAUGGUAAUUAGCUGCAGAGAGGGGCUACCUAAAGAGCUGUAUAGCUGGCCUGGAGAACAGAGACAAAUUUGCACAAACAAGCUAAUGGGCGCGGCAGCUAAUGAUUCUCUGAGGCGGAGGAAUUUCUCUUGUUAAUUUGACAAAGCUUGAAAAGGGGGCUGGAGCUGGUAUUGACAGCAGGCCAGAGAGAGGCUUUCAAAGCAUUGGGUAAACACAGCUUCUCCUCUCUCUCUCAGUCAUGGACCUCUUUCCUCUUCUCUCACUGUCACUAAGGACAAAAUCCAGUCCUUUCUCGAACAAAAGGCACUAAGAGACCUUUUACUUCAAACGACCCUUGAUUUUACAUCUGUCUUUCCUUGGCUCAUUUAUGUAUAUUAUAGUCAUUAUCUGUCCCGGCGGUCUGUUCAUAAGGAGGCAGUGAUGGAGCUGAAAGGCUAUCAGGACAGUCCAACUGUUUCUGUUUCUUAUUAUUACGUCAUUCAUGCCUCAAAGCCACAAUAAGGGCGCAAGACUAAUGUCUGGUUGCAUCGGUUGUGGGUUAAAGAGAUCAAGUGUUCAAGCUACAUGCAUCUGUCUCUUUUUAUAGAUUCUUUAGACAUGUGACUUUGGGAUAGGGAUGUGCCUUUUUGCCCCCCCUUUCCAGGUUGGGCCACCUAGACUGAAAGGUCUAGACACACCCCUGUUGGACAAGUCUUUUGCUCUCUAAAAGAAGCCAGACUGAAGUUAAUUUAGACACAAGCAGAUGUAGGUGUGCUGUAGCAACAAGAAAGGUGAUUUAUCAAAGAGCUACAUAACUGUACUCCACUCACCAAAUAGGCAGAGAUGAGUUUUAUUUUCCUGUUUUUCGGCUCCAAUUUUAAUCGAGUAGAGUUCAUAGAGGGGGCAGUAUGUCAGAGGCAGAGAGGCAGAAAGUGCUCGCUGUGUGUUUGUGCUGAAUGUACUUUCAUCUGGAAAGUCUCACACCCACUCUGUCUGCUGAUAUGUUGUAGUAGGCACUCUGCAGCCAAAAGCAGCAGCCUUUUCAAAAGAGACUGGCUGGUUGGGGGGCUGAGAGGGCUUACUGGUAAAUUGGCAGCCGGGGGAAUACAGGGUACUCUAACCCCGGCGUUCGCCCACUCACAUGCUUUCAUUCCCCUUUUUACCCUUGACCAUUGACUGACUUCACUCUCUGCACUGGCCGGCAUAAAUCUGCCUUUCUAAGACGUCAUCUGUUCAUUGUCCGCCCUCUCUCUCUAUCCCUCGCUUUUACUCUUUUUUUAAUCUCUCUCAGCCCGAGCAUCAGUCAUUGAGGCGAUCCAUCUCUCUGCGCUAAAGUAUAUCCUUCCUUAUCUGUGAGUCAUUCCUUAUGAUUAAUAACACGUUCAUUCAUCUGGCUAAUUACAUCCUUCAACAAAGGCAAGAAAACACAAACGUGCAAAAGUAUACACACACUCUCUCUCUCUUUCUCUCUCUUACACACACACACACUCAGGCUCAUGCAUUCAUGCACUGUAGGCAUACUAACCAAAUCUGUUUGAUGUGUGGGACCCUAAAAGAAGAGAAGGCUCCUGUAUGCAUUAAGUAUUCAUGUGACGUGUGGUGGGGUGCAUGCAUGUGUGUGUGUGUACAGGGGUUUGUAUGAGACAGAGCGUGUGUGUGUGUGUGUGUGUGUGUGGUAGACACACAGAGAAAAGGAGAGUACUCGCAAUUUGCGCCGCGAGCAGCCAGCAAUCGAGCGCUGACACCUCGUCUGGCAGUCAGAGGGAAAAGGGGCUGGGCUGAGGAGAGAGGGAGGGAGGGAGAGAGGAGGCUGGAAAGAGAGAAGGGAGUGUGAGUGCUUGUGUGUGUGUGAGAGAGAGAGAGAGAGAGAGAGAGAGACGGCAGGACAGCUGCCAGCAUUUCUCCGAUAGCAGGAGAAGGACAGAGAGGCGGAACAGGAGUAGGAAUUCUCCUCAUUCUCAACCACCCGAGGAAAUCUUCCAGCCCGGCCAGGCGAGUGGAUUUUCUGCCCCUCCUCUUGUCUGAAAGGUGCAGAGACUCUGGGAAGGACCUGGGCAUCUGGACCAGCAGACACAGCACAGUGGAUUUACUGAAUGAGAGAUGAAGAAUUGGAUGUGAGGAAAGGAGUGGAAAACUGAGUUAAAGAAGAAGCUUCUGCCGGGUUUUUCAUCUCUGAAGUGAGGCUAAACUUUUUCUCAUGAUGAGGCAUGGAAAAAGUCAGAGGUCACUCAGUGUCGUAUGAAAAGUGGAGGCGCCCCCUGUCCUCCUGACCUCAUCUCCUCCCUAAACACCUUCUCGGACUAUCCUCACUGUGAACCUUUUUUUCUGCAGGGCACCCAUCCUGUCUUCAUACCUCUACCUGUACCUGUCCCCAGUCUACACUACUACGUCGCCCACGCCUCCUCUUGGUUCUCCCUCCGCCCACUCUGCUCCUCUCAAACCUCUGUGAAAUCAAGUGGAACCUCAAUGAUUACGAUCGCAGCAAAAAGGACCCCUGUGCCCCUGCUAGCGAGUCACCCCGCCUCGCUCUGUGACUCUUGGCGACUGUGCCGGCGUAUCGAAUGUGCGAGUAAUGGAGAGCAGUGACAACACAGACAUGGACCUCAAAGUUGAACUCUAUCAGUUGUCUGUUCUUUGACUAUUAGCAUAAAGCAGAUAAUGGAUUGGAAAGAGCUGUAAGUACAUAUCAAAAACACUCCUUUGGCACAGUUUAGCCCGAGAAUCUAAAGUAUGUGAAUAUUCUGCUAAAACUUCCUCCUGUUGAUGUUAGAUCUGCUCCUCCACUGUUCUUCUGUAGCAGGGAGACGUCUUCAUUAGCAUGAAUACGGGGAGUGAACAGGUGGACAAGCUGUUGUGGGCGAAGAAAUCUGAGCCUCUCCUUACCGCCCAUUUUCCCUCCACUGAUCAUAGAGUUGCAAAGAGAGCGAGAGAUAAAGAGCCAGGGAGAAAGUGACAAGCAAUUAAUUUCACUGCGUACAUGUGGUUGAGGUUGAAAAAGCAGUCCCUUUUUUUUCUCCUCUCCUUUCACUGAAGAGCACAUGUGCACCAAUCAUUAUUGUGCAGCUUGAAUUAAGUCUCAAGGUUACAGGCUCAGUUUUAGACUGUGAGCACAAUUAUAAAUCAGUCCAGUGCUCGAACUAUCCUUCAUGUUGACUCCUGAUGUUUGAUUUAUUUCUCUGCUGGAUGAAAAAAAAGACAGAAUGGGGUAAAAGAGAGGAAGUGAGGGGCGAAAACAGAAAGACAGGGUGCAUUUAUCUUGAAUGAAUGCUGCGGAUACAGCUCUCAUACACACACAUGUAGUCGCACACAGCCACGUGUACUCUGCUGUAGUUCCCCCUUUCUUUCCCUCCAUCUCACAUUCAUCUAUUCCAUCUCAUUUUUGCUUCAGUCACACGAUCCGUCUCGCAUGCUAUCACACAUAGGCAGCUCCCCAGGGAGAGUCUUCUCCUGUAGCCUCCUUGGAUGCAAUAAUUAUUCCAUCAGCCGGCAGUGUGUUCCCUGAUUGUGCUCUUGGGCUGUCGCUGCAGGGGGGCGUACAGUGGAGAGGGGAGUGUCGGAAGGAGAUGGGGGCUGGUUGUCACUCCAGGACGCAGGGGGGAGGAAUGAGGGAGGGUUGUAGUUUUUGGCAGUGGCCCACCCAGUUCUGUCCGGAGGAGCUCAGAGCUGAGCUAAUGAGCUCAGGCUGGGCUUUGGAAGCUCCCACCACCAGGACUCACAUGGAGCUGCCCUUUUAAGCUUUCUUUUUCACACUGUCUGCUUAUUUUGCGUCUCCCUAAAAUGCCCUACUCUGCAGAUUUCUUUUAAUCUCACUCCAAUUUCCUCCUCUACAUGUUGACAAUCACCUCAUUGUGCUCCCUGUGUUUCUCAGAAAUCCAGCUGUUCGACUGAAAACUGUGCGAGUACAUUUGAAUUUCCUCUGAGUAUUACUUUUCAUCCCCUGACCUUGAGUUUCCAGCUGAGAUACAGUGUGAGCUGAUCCAGGGCGAUGUGAUGCCAUCUCUGGAACCACUCUAAGUCUGGCCUGAUUCCCUGCAGACCGCUCCGGGAUAUCUGUACCGCCUUUUGAACUGCAGAAGUUCAGACUGAAAGAGAGUGCAUGUGCUUGACUGAGUUGGCCCUGUGACCAGUUUACGUCUCCUCUUUACUGACUCUUGGAGACAUGAAACCAGGAUGACAGUGGAUUUUAAUUAGAGGACUGUGAAAAAGCCAGAUUGAGUUACAGUCGGGAGCUGUGUAGGCACUAUCAAAGCAGUCACUCGAGCUUGUUUUUUUAAGUUUAUGCUUCAUGCCUUUACUGAGAGGAUAGGGCAGUGAAUAGAGAAGAAAAGUGGGUGAAGAUUGGCACUUGUUGUACAGGAUGGCAGGUUAGAACAAAAGUCGGGCCGCUUGCUUUGAGAACAAAAGACUCCAUACAUGGGGCGCAUUCAACUACUAGGCUAAACCAAGAAAACUAACCCAAGCUUCUUGAGUGAAAAUGAUCAAAUAUCCCAACAUAUGAGGUUAACACACUCUGUCAUCAUUGCUUAAGUAACACAAGAUAGACAUGACGAGAUCCCAGAAGGCAACGUUCCAGCAGAACUCGCCUGUCAUGUCUGUGACAGUUGUUUGCUUUUUGAUCAAGAUAAAUGCACGCAUUUUCUCUGCCUUCCUACUAAGACAGCCUGGGCUUGGUUCCUGACAAGCAGUGGCUGCUGGGUAAUCACUUAUGCUAUGGAUUUGUAGUUUCAGACAGGAAAAAAAAAAAUCAAAGUAGAAGAGAACUGUGCCUGUGUUGGUUGAAGUGAAGCGCUGAGGCUUUAUCUGUCUUGGUCGGGGAGUUUGACUUGAAAGGAAAGCAGAAAUCAUGGAGGGAAGCGGCGCAGUGUAGCUCUCCUGCUGACUUAAAUAACAUCAGAGAACUAAAAGGAGCAUGUUGACCUUUAUAUUCCAGUUUCAGCCUGUGAUUUGUAAGAACCUUAGCACUUCACCUUAAAAAAAUGUCAUGGUAGACAUUUAAAAUCAAUAACCUUUUCGUUGGUGCCACCACCCUGGAAGAAACCCCACCUGAGCGGAAAAAAAUAUUUGCUAACGUUUGAACUCCAUGAAACAGUGCUUUUCCUAUAAUCUCCACUUUUUGCUUCUCUUUUUCAGGGCAGCACAGAAGCUGAAUCUCUCCUCCAAAAGAAAGAAGCACCAGCCUUCACUACUUCACCCACAGGAGCCCUCCAUUUAUCCCACCAACUUCAGCGGCAUCCUACAGGUCUCGCCACCCCCUGCCCCGCCAUGCCUGCUGCGAGCCGUGUCCAAAGUGAAAGAGAAUCCAGGGAUGGGAAAGGUAAGAACAAAGCUGCAUAUACGAAACCCAACAAGUGAGAAUUUGUCUCAGAGCAAGGUAGAAAAAACUUCAAAACAUCUAGAGGACAGAGGCACAAAGGCACCAUGGUAAAACACACAGAUGCAUGAAUACAUCAAGUAACAACAGGAGGCCUAAUAAAUGCAUAAAUGUCAUUAAAACGAACAGACGUCAUGAGAAAUGUAUUGAAUGCAUUUAAAGUGAUAAUGUGCAACAAAUACAUUUUGUAAGCCCCUAUAACCCCACUCGACACACCCUUAUAGGACGACAAACAAAAUGAGACACACACAGAUGCCUAUUUGAAAGGUGGGGGGUACAUGGUGGAGACAAACUGAUCCACAGGCAGCGUGCCGUCUGGUCCAGUCCACUCAGAUGUAGUCAGAUAAGCCUGCAGGAAUGUCAUGAAUUCACUCAGUUUGUGAGAGCCCAGCAUUCCUGUCUCUGAACACAGAAAGACAGAGAAAACUAUAAUUCGCUAAUCUGCGCUCGCGUUAACAGCAGGAUGUCUAAUUCCAUUUUAGGUACAGGGUGUGAUGAUGAAAGUCAGGCGGUCAUUAAACAAAGCUGUACAAACAUAUCGCUCUUCCUCUGAGGUUUAUUGGGUAUUGUUCGUCUUAGCUGGCGUCCUGUAUUUAUAGAGCAGAAGAAGUCCCCCAACAAGAUUAGAUCCCACCUGGAUAGGAAGCGCUUGGAUCUGUCGCCAGGUAUCAGGAGGGCUGAGAACUUGUACAUAUUGUUAAUCCCUUUAUAAAAAAAGAAAAUGUGACAGCAACAAGUCUCCUCAAGCCCACACCUGAAGUUUAUGUACGUCUGUGCCGGGCUUCAAAGCGAAAAUAAAGAUUUAUGAUAUAGUUUCAAGCUUGUAAUGUCAUAUAAACUUACUGUAAAGCAAUUAACCAGUCACUUCUCAUUUUUACAACGCCAAAUCACAACAAAAGCUGUCCAAUCAUUCACAAUGAUGCUUCCUAUGAUGAGCAAAUCUAGAAAUGAUUGUUAAACAUUACCCAUGACCAAGCUCUAAGCAACAGUGACAAGGAGAAACGUCCUUGAGAUAGGCAGAAACGUUAGGUAGAGCCUCUUUUCACAAAUUCAACAUUAAAAUGUCUAAAAUGUGUACCGAUAAUGUGACAGCAGUUUAUUUAGCGGACGUUAUUUGCCUUAGUAAAGUCUUGCCAUGAGGGACUUGUGUAUUUCUAUCUAGCCCCCUAAAAUAUGUCAAAUAUUGAUGUUAGAACUGAAAGAGAAAGAAGAGCCACGUAGAAAUGUAUUAUUACAUGCACAUUACAAUCAAAUGUAGAUGCUAGUCUUUGCUAGAUGACUAAUAUGUCUAAAGCGAUACAAAACUGCAUUAUUCUAGACACCAUAAGAGAUUUUAUAUAAGACACAGUGACUGUUGCAAUUUUGAUUCACAGUGAGUAAGGAGGGGAAUAAUGGGGAUAUUGGACUUCUAUCAUGCCUAUUAUAACAAAAUACCAAUAACACCAAUGAAUGGGCCAAACCAUUAAUCAUUGAGCAUUCUCUGUUUCUUUGUCCUUGUCUUCCUUUUUACCGAGAGAAUCAAAGGUUCUAUUAAAUCACAAGCAGACUGAAUGGUUUUUACUCUCCUGCAUCUGUUUCUCAUUCAUACAACCUCAAACUUUAGUAAAUGUCUCGUUUCCAUCAACCAUAUGUGGGUCACUUCCACCUUUCCGCUUUUGACCUCAAGACAGUCCUCUCAGUCAAAAACAGUGGAGUGGAGGAAGGAAUGCCAAGCUGCUCUAAUGGGUUUUGUGGGGGGAUCAAGGGACAGAGAAACGGGGGCCAUUAGCACGGACUCUGAGGUGUGAAAAUACUGUAGCCAAUCCUCUGUAGCCUCCAGUAUCUGAUCCCUGCCAACAUAAAUAAAACCGAGACAUUAGCCCGCCUAGUAGCCUCUUGUCUGGUAGACAGAGCCUCAGCAGUCGUACGAUGGGAGCCCUGUUUAAAUGUCACAGCAAAUGUAAUUUACUCAACAUAUGCACAUGUCAGUCACGAUAACUGCCCCCCUGCAGAGUAUAAACAGGGGUUGCACUUGGCCUGUAGAAUCAAGAUGGAUUCACUCAUUGAAAGAAAGGGAUUUCCAGUGGCCUUGUUUCAGAAGGCUGGUGUCUGGAUAUGUAGCAAUAUUUAUAUACUAGUCAGGGGAAGAAUGGCCCUUUUGUGUAGCCAUGAACACAAAAGAGAGUCCCAGGCUGAGUGGUGUAGUCAAAAAGGAAAGGGAGUUUAUUUUAAGGUUUUAUUUCAGUGCCCGGGAGGCAUCACAGGUGCUUUUCUAAAGCGCUUUGGAAUAGCUCAGGAUUGAUUUCCCUAUCACAUAUACUCUAGGAUAUAGAAAGUCUUCGGUUGAUAUAAUGCUAGGUGUAACACUAAACAUUUAGGGAGUAGUCAGAGACUACUAUGCAUACCCCAAGAGCAAUCCAUGUGCCCUUUCAGUGGCAGAUAUAUUUCCAUACAGAGCCUUUUGAGACAGAAAGGUGUGUUUCUGACCAUCAGAUUGCAAAAAAGAGAUGCCAGAGUUUUAAAAGGUGAGUCUAAAUGGUGGUGUCAUGUAGCCAAGCAUGCACAAACAUGAUCACACCCAUACAAAAAAACACAUACAGUCAAUCUGCUUCUCUAAGUUGAGGCAGGAAAGGGUGAAAUAUCUUUGGUUUAGUUUGUAAUAGCUGCCACCAAACACAACCUGAAGAGUUGACCUCGCUCCAGUAACCACAGCGAUAAUGUUCAGCAUGAACAGUCUUGUCUGAGGUGUGCCAAAUCAACACUUUAAGAUAUGAACCACCUUCUUGUUUAAGGUAUCAUGCAGGCAGGAUGAACCCCAUCACGACCCCUGGAAUGUGUUAAGACUCCAUGUAUGUAUGUCAGGCACCAGAUUGCAGCAGGGUGGGUAUGGAGCUGCCAUUUUUUCCAGGCAGCAGAAGAGAGGAGGGGAGGGAAGGAAAGCGGGGAUGGUGGAAGGGUGUGUAGGUGGAAUAAGAGGGGGGCCAUAUGCUCUUUCACUCCCAUGCUGGUGAGCCGCUCCCGGUCCAGAAAAAACAAACCCCGCCUGAGGGAUAAUCCCUCAGUGUGGCGCUUCACACAUUAAUUUCCACCAUUUUCUGCUAAGAUUUUCAAUACACACCUUGCUGCCUUUGGCUGACACCAUUAGACGAUGUGUUGACCCAUUGGGUUUGCCAGUCGAUGUGAGACUGAGGGUUUCCAUGGUAACCUUCAAUGUCCAUCAACUCUGACAAAGUGGACGUGAUACAAAUGCACAAAGCUCUGCCAUUCGCUCAGUAUGGAUCCUAACGUAUACUCUCAAUGCCUAGGAUGUGUUUCUUUUCAUUUUUUCUGUAAGUGCUUUGUACGUAAAAUAUGUCAAGAGUCUCUUUAAUGUUAUAUUCCAUGAGGACUCAGAAAAGACACACACUCACAUCUCUCUUAAUCUGUCUGUGCAAUGACUCACUCUCACUUCUAAUCAAGCCUUUUUUUCUGUCUUUUUCACAUCCGUCCUCUCCUGUGGUUUAGGUGAAAGUGAUGAUGCGUAUCUGUCCAUCUCUGGAGGCCGCAGACUCCUCAGAGUCUCAGUCCUUUCUGAAAGUCGACAGCAGGAAGAAGCAGCUGACCCUCUACGACCCUGCGUCCAGCCCCCACUCUGGUUCAGGACACAGGAGAUCCGCCACUGUGGCCGUCCCAAAGAUAUUCGCUUUCGAUGCUGUUUUUACCCAGGAUGCCUCACAAGUAAGAGCCAGCAGGGCUUGUGUUUCUGUCUUUUUUUUUAAGGUGUCAAGUGGGAAUUCAGCCUCUCAAGGGCAGAGGGACAUCUUUAUGUUUGCAGGGUGUGGCUGGGGGCUUAGAGAAAAAAUGCUUGUCUUGGGUCAGGGAGCAUUCUUACCAGUGUGGGCCUAACAGCUGGGUCUUUUAAGCUCCCCUGGGGAAUGAUUUGAAUCCACUCCAGUUAUAUGUAACCUCUCCUUUCAUAGAAGAGCUAUAUCUAACCUCAGCCCUCUGCAGGCCACAGCAGGCAUACCCACAGAGAUCAAAAGUAAAGGUCAGAAACAUGUUUACUGUGACUUUAGAGCAGACCAGCUUUACUCUCUCCAGAGCUGAAAACAAACACAAAGUCUUUCGAUGGUAUGAUUGGAUAUGUCAAUCACUACCAACUCUUCUAAAAGUAUGGGGUUGAGUAUUUUCCACAUUUCCCUUUGGUGCGGUAAACAAUAAAUAGCAAUGAGGGCAGAGGAGGUUGUCAUCACUGGUGUAUGACAGCAUCCUCAGAUCUUCUAUCAUACCACCUACUUUGACCAAGUAUUUCCUUAAGCUAGCUGCUGAUAGCUGUAGUCUAAAUGUUGCUGCUACAAAGCUGAGGCCAGUGAUGUUAGAUUGUGCCGCUGGGACAGCACUGCUGGUGGCUAACAGUAACAGCAAGCUGUUCUGCUGUUAGAGGCCUUGUUUGCUGUGUGAUGUAUGGAGAAGGGGCCUCUGCUGCAGUAGCCUGGCCCCAAAGGAGCCAUGCUGAAACAGAUUGCAAAAAUGAGCCACACGUUGCAGCACACACAAACACUCACACUCCAGAGUGAUGAAAAAUGCUGAAAACAUUAAUGGGAUUUGGUUAAACCAGUGCAGAAUAUCUUCAAAUAACGUUGUCCUUCAAAAAUCUCCAUUUGGAUUCUUUCUUCUCAAUUUGCCUGUUUUUUUCUUUUACAUUUCUUUGAUCCAGCUGGUCAUAAAUUCACUAUAAAGGGGGUUUUCUUUGUUUGCUUUUACAGGCUGAGGUGUGCUCAGGGACAGUAGCCGAGGUCAUCCAGUCUGUGGUGAACGGUGCAGACGGCUGCAUCUUCUGCUUCGGCCAAGUGAAGCUCGGUAAGCUCCUCCGCUGGCAAGAGAUUAAAGGAGAGCCAUUGUUAGCCAAAGAAAAUUCUCAUUGCUCUUUGUUAGCUACACUUGAUGUACAACAAUUGGCUUAGUUGUGCACUGGGGUGAGUCAAGGAAUGAGAGACUAGAGGGUAGCAGUGGGUAGUGAGUCUGGGGUGGGGGUAAAAAAAUGCUGCAUCCAGGCUUCAGGGCUCAGUCUGUAAUUAAAAUCCCAGUAAUUGGCCUGGCCAGUACUCCCAGGUUGACGGGCUUACUCUUCUUUUGCUGCUGCUUCCACUACCUGUAUUUCUCCACAGGAUCAUGCUUCAGGAAUGGGUCCUUGGAUUAGUGCUUUUUGAUUCAGCAUGCACUGGAUAAUACCUUCAAAUCCCCACACCAGCCACUCUUAAUUCUUCAUCAGCAAUCGCUCAAAACCAUAACCCCUGGAAAAUAUUCAGAAACUAUAUGAUACAAUAGAAUAUGAUACAAGACAAUACAUACAGUACAGCAUGUUACAACACAACAUGCUAUGCCGACUAAAACCCUAAAAUUUUCGACCAAAAAUCGUCUAAUUCUGCAGCGGGGGACAACGUAGUGCGGCGGACUGCGGCUUGGCAGAGUUAGAAUAUACUGAUAUCAGCACAAGAAGGCAAUUAAACACAAAAGGCAAGUUGAAAUGCUCAAAAUAAAAAUAAAAAUGAAGCAAACCACCGGACGUUGAUUAAUAUGGAUGCUCUUCAAUCGUCCUGUCUCCAGCCGGUCUUCAGUGGGUUAGGCAUAUUCAAAAUGGUGAAAACAAGGGGGGUGUUACCUUUGAUAUUGGGGUGCUUUGAAAACACCUCCAUUAGCUCUUGGUAUGUUCCUCCUGAUGAAAUUAACCAUAGACUGUACAUUUACAAGGAAAAAAAUUGAGUCAACCAAUCAGAAUUUUGGUUGACUCAGCGCGUAUCGACCAACAAGUCGACCAGUCGACUAGGACUUUACAGCCCUAGACAACACGAUAUGAUAUAAUGCAAUACAAUGUAAUCACCAUUGUAUGACACAAUGUCAUAAAGAAAAAAGUAAAAUAGAAUAUAGAUGAUAGGAAACAAACAGCUGUACAUUACCAUAUCAUGCAAUGCAAACAAAAGAUACAAUAAGAAGGAAAGGAUGCAGUACAGACAUGAAAAAAUAAAUUACAACACAAAAUGGCCUACAAUUCAGCGUGGCACUUAAAGAAAGAUUCUCAUGUGAUGUGAUAUCCUGUAUGAUACUGUCAGAAAUGACGCAGCAAAACACGCUUUGAAACAAAAAUGAUUGGGCAUAAUAAAAUACAAUAUGAUAACAUGAUACCUAUACAAUAAUAUAUGGUACAAUAUCAUUCAAUACAGUAGGAUAUGAUGAUAUGAACGUUUGUAAUGUGGUUCUAUACAAUAAAUGACAAUAUGCAAUAUGAUAUGAUACAAUACAGUUUGAUUCAGGACAAUAAUAUUCAACAUGACACAAUUCAGGGUAGUAUAAUAUAGGCAAAAUUAAUGAAAUGUUCCCUUGAUUUACCAGAUGUUGUCCACAUUAUACCACGUUUUCUUUUAUAUGAUUCAAUAAAGUAUGGCAAAAAUGCACUUAGAGAUUUCUGGAAUUUAUUUAAAGAAAAGAAAACCAACAUAUAAAUAGAGCUUGACAUCCACAGUUGAUAGAUAAUUAACCUCUUAACAUCAGACAUAAUAAGAAUAAUACACAACAAUCGCAAGAACACCAUGAAGCUUUACCUAUUCAGAUGACUUGACAAAAGAAGUCUAUUGAGUUAAAUCAGUCUCAUAAUGGGUACAUGUAUAUAAAGUCUGUGUAGCUUAGAUAUAUUACAAGUGUAACUGGCUGGCUCACAUAAGGCUGUAUUUCCUCUUCCACCCCCCUCUCCUUCUCUCUUUCACACAACCCCAGGAAAGACAUACACCAUGAUUGGCAAAGACAGCUCCACUCAGAGCCUCGGCAUUGUGCCCUGUGCCAUAUCCUGGCUCUUCAAGCUCAUCAACGAGCGAAAGGAGAAGACUGGCACGCGCUUCUCUGUCCGAGUGUCUGCGGUGGAAAUCUUUGGGAAGGAUGAGGAGCUGAAGGACUUGUUGUCUGAAGUGUCGACAGGCAGCCUGCAGGAGGGCCAGUCCCCGGGGAUCCACCUGAGGGAGGAUCCCAUCUGUGGCACUCAGGUUAGAAGAAUCCCACCUCAUUCACUUUUUUCUUUGUUCCUGAUCCUUUUAUUUUCUCUGCGGGUUGUAGAGUAUUAGUCUGUGUGAGUAUUGAUCUCUUUCUGUCUAUGAUCUACCUCUUCCUCUCCAACAGAUUUUUGACUUUUUUAUGUGUGCUCGUGUGUGUGUGUGUGUAUUUUUAUCUCCCAGGACUCCCCACUCUACCCUUCCUUACUCAGAAAUCCUUUACUUUAUAUUUCCCCCAAACCCAUCUGUGGUAUUGAUGGCUUUCUUCUUACCUUCGUAUUGACUCUCCUGUCAGCAUCCAUCAGCAUCUAUUACUCGUGUGUUAGUGUUGGCCCCUCUGCAGCACAAUAGGACUGUUAUUGGGGGAUGGUGGAGGACUGGAGGUUUGAUGGCACUCACAGGUGGGGCUGUCAGAUGUUGUUUUUUUUUUUUUUUUUUUUUGGGGGGGGGGGGUUCUGUAUGGACUCUGACUUCAAAGGCUGUGUGAAGCAUCAUCUUGGUCCUCUCCUCAGCAGCCACAUGUGAGCUCUCUUUGUGAUGCCCUCCUGCUUCCUCUCCUUUCUUUUCCUCUUCCUCUCUUUCUGUCUCUUUCUACCUCCACUAUGAUUACAUCCAUGGUGAGUGAAGGGCCCUCGCCUCCUGCUCCACUAUCACCUCUCUUAAUCCGCCUCCCUGUGUGUGCAUAUCUGCUGUUUUAAUUGCCCCCGAGACCCAAUCUAAUGGGCUAAAAAUGUGUACCGGGGUCCAAUUAGCAAGCUCCCCUCUCUUUGCUGGUAUCAUUCGACAUCUAUCCACUUUCUAAAGCCUGAUGUGGUCUCCUUUGCUCAGCCUAACCCUGCCUUCUAUCUCCUCCUCCUCUGCCCCCCUGCAGCUCCAGAAUCAGAGUGAGCUACGGGCCCCGACUGCUGAGAAAGCUGCCUUCUUCCUGGAUGCCGCCAUCGCUGCACGCAGCACCAGUAGACCCAACGUGGAUGAGGAAGAGCGCCGCAACUCCCACAUGCUGUUCACGCUACACAUUUAUCAGUACCGCAUGGAGAAGAGCGGCAAGGGUGGAAGUUAGUAUCUUUAGUUUACACCACUUAUAAAUCUGCAGCAUGUUUCAACAAGUGACAACAAGUUCAAGCUGUUACCUUUAAUAUUGUGGUCAUUCUAGGGUUUUGACCUGCGCUUAUGCAGAUUUUUCAGCAUGUGUGUUGGACAUGAGAGCCCUUUUAAAAUGUUAUUUCUUUCAACAUUUCUUCCUUCCCAUGAUUCGAGCCAUCACAAGGUUGUUUUUAUUGGAAACUAUGUGGCGGAAAAUUGCACUUUAUGCAGCAGAAGUCCUUUAAAAAAAAGUCUCAUAUUUACAAUGUUUGUGGUCAAACUGAUUUCAGCCUAUAGAAAUGUCAAAAAUGUGUCUGUAUACAUUCAUUAUUCUUUAAAUGACUGUGAGUGACAAACAAUGACAGGAGUUUCAUGUUUUGUUGCUCCUGUUUCAAUUACAUCAGUCUCAAAAUAGCAAUGCGCAACCCUGUUGUUGUGCUGGCAGCCAAUUCCUUCUUGUUUUGUUUUCAAUCAGCAGAAUUGGGUUGUUAUGUUUGCGUCUGAUUGGGGGUGAUUUAUUUUUUAUUUUACGAGCCUAACUGAUGAAUCCUCCAUGUUGGCCCAAAUUACACAUCUUGUGGGAGUUUACCAGUUUGAAUGACUUCACUGUGGGAACUUUACUCGUAAAUAAAUCAGACCGCUUUGACAGUGCCCUGUCUAGUCUUUUCUGGGUCAUGCCACUCCUGUCAUCAUGGCUCCUUGCAUUAGGAAGUGACUUCAGAGUGAGGGAGUGUCUGCGCAGUGCUCACCUGGUUUCUUUUUCUUCUUCUGUGGUUGGCGCAGUGUCAGGCGGACGGAGCAGGCUGCACCUCAUUGAUCUGGGGAGCUGUGAGAAGGUCCUGAGUAAGAGCAGAGAUGGAGGGGGAGGCUUGUGUUUAUCCCUAAACGCUUUGGGAAAUGUCAUCAUGGCGUUAGCAAAUGGAGCCAAACAUGUACCUUACAGGUAAGAAAACCACAGUUAGCUUAACUGUCUCUUACACUGUGUUUAUGAGGUUGCUUUAUUUGUUUCAGGCAAGUCACUGCUUGUGUAUCACUUUUUUCAGGCUGGCUGGAUGGUCCGUUUAGUUGGCCUCAAAUAAACUUCUCUGGUGUUGCAAAGAAAAUAUUAAAACUUCUUUGUUAGAAAAGAUAAAAACUUGCCAUUCAGGGAGCAUUAUUUUUGGCACAAGGAAUCCAAACCAGCUCCCUCUGGAACUAAAACAUCUACUUUUACUUUCAUUUGGAUAUUUUAUCACUCUGUUUGUUGAUAUCAGUGCAUUGCCACCCUAUAGGGACAGCAAACUGACAAUGUUGUUGAGGGAAUCCCUUGGCAACAUCAACUGCAGAACCACCAUGAUCGCCCACAUCUCUGAUUCCCCCGCCAACUACGCUGACUCACUCACCACAAUCCAGCUGGCAUCACGUAUCCACCGCAUGAGGAAGAAGAAAUCAAAGGUACACUGAAACACUCAUUAGAGCUGAUAAAUCUGUCUAACAUAUGCAAUAAGAAACUGACGGAUAAAUAGUCAUAUAUUUAAAAAAAGACACUGACAGCAGUGUUAUUACCCUUCAACAACAUCAGCGUUAAGCAGUGAAGAUUGUACCCCUUCUAAAUAAUGAUCCCUGCAAUAAAUUUGUUUAAUGUUCAUUGUUUAGAAAUGAUAAACGUAGAGUAAUAGUUAUCCAACAUUUAACUCAGUGUAAUUGUGUCUAUUAAAGUAAUUAUGCAUGUUCAACUCUGAUUUCAUCAUAUCUCAUGCUGUGGCGCAAGUCCUCACAUUUUUCUUCCUUGUGUAAUUUUGGAGCGAUUAACAAAACGAAUGUGUGGUCGCUUCUGCAAAUGAAAGAUUAUUAGAGCAGUAACUCAGAGCUAGUUUUCUUCUGCUCCUCAACACAUAAUCAUGUAAUCAAUACCACUGCCUAAGGAAGUGUGUAAUGCUCCUUGGAUUAGGGAAAUAUAUGCUCCAGAUAAUUAGGCUGAAUGACAGCAUGUAUUUUUUUCUGCAAAGGUCCUUGACAUGAUUAUAAUGCAGCAUACAUACAGCAGUUUGUAUUAUUGACAUUAAUUUCUGUGUGACUAUUGAUAUGCACUUUUAACCUUUAGAUUGAUAUCGACUGGUAAUAUCAUAGAGAGUUAAUAUAUGCAGUGGGUUUCACUUUGAAGUUGUUCAGGAAUGAAUCCAAUGUGAUUUAUAAGGAGUUUAAUGGUUUUGAGGAGGGAAACGAGAACUAGACUGCUACAUCAAUAUUACUUAAAGACAGAAUCUCAUUACUGUCAUCUUUGCAUGGGGCUCAUUUAAAACCCAAAAGACUUACUUUGCCUUUAUUCAUUUUGGCUUUGCAGUAUGCAUCCAGCUCAUCUGGUGGGGAGAGUUCCUGUGAGGAAGGGAGGAUCCGCCGGCCGCCCCACCUCAGGCCGUUCCACCCUCGAACAGUCGCCCUGGACCCAGACUUGCCCUUAAUGCUCAGUGACCCCGACUACUCCUCCAGUAGUGAACAAUCUUGCGAUACUGUCAUUUACGUGGGCCCUGGGGGAACUGCAAUUUCGGACAGGGAGCUCAGUGACAACGAAGGCCCGCCUGCUUUUGUUCCAAUCAUCCCCUCCCUGAACAAGAAGAAGUCUGCAAAAGACGGCCCUCUGGACAGAGACCAGUUCUUUAAAUGCAACACGUUUGCUGAGCUGCAGGAGAGGUUGGAGUGUAUUGAUGGCAGUGAAGAACCCACUGCGUUUGUUGGUGAGGGCAAGAAAAGCCAAGCCAGCCCCAAGAUGGACAAAUCUAAGGAGAGCCAAGGCUCUGUUUCACCAAAGACUGUAGCAAACAUUACAUACAACCAAGAGGGUGUUUCACCUAAACAAUCUCCUAAAUCUGUUGCAACACCACCAUCCUGUAGUCCCAACAGUAAAUCAAAAUUAGACAGUUCUAAGACAACAUGUUCAUCUGCAGAAAUGGCACCAACAGGCAGUAUUCAAAAUGUCUGCAGAACUAGCGCUGAUGGGGAAAAAUCCUUGGUUACUGAUAGCAGGGUCGGCUCUAACAAAGUAGGGACUGCUGUAGGACUGAAUUCAGAGCCUGUUGUGAGGGAAAAGGUCUACUUUAACAAGAAAGCUCUGCCCAAACCAGCCCCACCUCCUUCACAGCAGAAAGAAAGUACAGACAAGGAGGAGAGAUCCAGCACCAGAAUGCCUCCUGUGGGAAUGAGUCACCAAGCUGUGAAAAGACGGGAUCCUUACAGCUCCCCUUUGCUCAGAGCUCCCGUGGAAGUGUGCCAGGUCCGCUCCACUUUAAGGGAAAGAUGUCUGGACCGGGACAUCCUCAGAGCCACGGUCACCUUACAGCAGCCUGUGGAGCUGAACGGAGAAGACGAGCUUGUUUUCACUGUAGUGGAGGAGCUUUCUAUUGGCAGUAUUGUAGAUGAAGGUCGUCCAUCAAGCAUCAUCAGCUUCAACAGUGAUUGCUCUCUUCAGGCGCUGGCCUCUGGCUCCAGACCUGUUAGCAUCAUCAGCAGCAUCAAUGAUGAGUUUGAUGCCUACACAUCGGCUGUAGGAGGAUCAGAGGUGAACAUUGCGGUGGUCACGCCGCUCCAAGAGGGAGCAAUGGAGUCCAUGGACAGCAGGGGUUCAUCCAUCAGCUCCUGGCUGAGUGAGGUUAGCGUCUGCACCAUGGAGAGUGAAGGGGUUCACUCGAUGGACGUCUUUCUUCCACAGUCCAAGCACAUGGCACCAGACGCCACAUUUUACUUUGAUUCCCUGGAUAUGUUGCAUUGUGUGUCCUCUCCUAGAGAUGCUAAGAACUCCUUAAAUGACAGUGGGUUUGGUUUUUCCGAACUAGACAGUGACAGUGCAGCCUCAAGCAAACUAUCAUUGACAAAGUGCCCCCCAUCCCCAGAAUCAGCCAAAGGCUCCCUCAAAAUGACAUCAAAAAUAUCAAAAGCUCAAUCGCUUAGCUCCUCUCAACUUCCACAAGGCCCCUCCAUGGUCCACUCCAGUCUUCCCAGGAAGAUUAAACCUACCUCAUCCAUCUCACACAGUAGCAGCAGUAGCAGCAGCAGCAGCAGAGAGCCACAGAGACAAGAGACUAAGCAAGAAGAUCCUUGGCAGCGUAGUGACAACCACCCACAACCUCAGCUUUCUGACUCGAGCAGCACCAGCAAAUUUCUCAGAAACCCUCCAAGUGGUAUUCCUUCCUACAAAACAUCCAACAACAGCAACAGUGUACCUCGCCCGCCCAAGGUGCAGGGGUCUACCUCGUCUCAGAGGGUGGUGGAUGGCUGUGAGAAGUCAGCCAGUAAGAAUCCACCCAGCAAAAUGCCUCAGCUGAGGCGAGGUGCCACCACCCUGGGAACUGUUCCCGUCAUCCACUCCACCACGGACUACAAGGGAGCCCAAGAUGUCAUCCCAUCGCCCGCUAGCCUUAAAUACUCCUCACUGGGGAAAAACAACAAGGCUAACUCACAGAAAGCAAGCAAUCUUCCCAGACCUGGUUGCAGCUCACCUCCUCCCCCUCCUCCAGUGAGAAAGUCUAGUUUGGAUCAUAAGACUAAGACCCUGCUGCCCCAAAGUGCCUUAAAGUCAGCAUAUGGGGAGGCAGGAAGGGGAACAAGGGCAGCUGUAUCUGAGGAUGAGCUUGAGGUGCGUCACAGAGUAGACUCUACCAAAACCUCAAGCCCCAACACAGCCAAAGUUACCUCCAGCCUGAAGAGUAGGGGUCCUAGAGGAGAAUCUGGGCAGCAUUAUGGAAGUCAGAUGUCUCUGGAAAGGUGUGAAAGUCUAUCCUUAUCAGGAUCAAGAGCUGCACUUAGCAGGGAGAACAGUGGAACAAGCCUGGGGAGCAGCAAAUCCAACAAAUCCAUCCCAAGGUUUGGUAUUCCUAAUUCAUCCAGCUCUCCUAUAGCAACCUGCCCAUCAUCCCCAAGUGGAGGAAGUCUGAGCAGGUCUGGUCAGGUGAAAGCUUCUGUUAAUCCCAGAGGGUUGGGAGCAGUCAACGGUAGUAAGGCUCGCUCACUUUCAGCCAACAACUCCAAGGGCCUGAGCUCCUCUACCAAAUCCCUCGCUGCUCCUGUAAGCAGAAAUGCAAACGCAAACCUGCCUCCAUCAGGACGGACUUCAGCCACUCGAACCGCAACCGCUGCUGUCAGCAGCAAACCAGGAAGAGGAACUAUCAUGGGCACAAAGCAGGCUAUGAGGGCUGCCAACAGCCGAGUGAGCGAAUUAGCAACAGGCAACAUAUCAGGCAAACAUAUGAGAGGUUCAGGGGACUCAGACAGUGGGAAUGACAGCGGGGUGAACGUGGGUGAUGACAAAUCCCCUGUUACCAUGCUGCCAUCUCCGUAUAGUAAAAUCACAGCACCAAGGAGGCCGCAGCGCUACAGUAGCGGCCAUGGAAGCGACAACAGCAGCGUGUUAAGUGGGGAGCUGCCUCCUGCUAUGGGCCGCACGGCUCUAUUCUACCACAGUGGAGGCAGCAGUGGAUACGAAAGCAUGAUCCGUGACAGUGAAGCCACCGGAAGCGCCUCCUCGGCCCACGACUCCAUGAGUGAGAGCGGCAUGUCGUCUUCGGGCAGAAUGAGGAGCUCCAAGUAUCCCAAGAAAAGAGCGAACGGUGAGGAACUUAACCUCUGUUAUGUUAGGCUGUACGCUCCACCUGCCCUACUCUCCCAUUAUACUAAAUAAGGAGAAGAUAGAAGUGAAAAGCUGUAAGAUAGAUGUUAUAAAGAAAACAGGAAAGGAAGAGCCAGGGCAUGAAGCCUGUUUGGCUAGAGCUUGACUGUACGCUCUGCCUCCCUUGACUUUGGAAAGACAGGAAACAAAAAGUAUGAGAAGAGAAGCUAGAGAGAGGACAGGGAAGACUGAGCUGAAAUACCACAAAUAUGAUGAAUGCACAUCACUCUAGUUCCUGCGGUAUACUCAGGAGAUACAGUAUGUUCAACAAAUCUUGGAAUAGCAUUUAGAAAUGAGGGCUCUCUCCGAGGAAAUUAGCCACAAAGCCACCCUGACUUUAUGAAUCUGUUCUUAUUACAUUCACAAAUUGGUAUUUCAUUGGGGUUUCUGUCCUCCUGAAUCAGCAGCAUACAUUAUUCAUACAUAUACAGGAAAAGGAUAAUGAAUGCCUCAAACAGGACUGCAUCCAUCUCUGUGAUGAUCAAAUAAGAUGAAUUGAACAUGAGCGGCAUUGACCUGGCUCAGCUUUUGGUAGCCUUGUAUAUAACCGUUUGAAUUCAUGUGCAUUUUAUACAAAAAGGCAACAUAUGACAGCCUUAUAAAUAUUCAAUCACCACAUCCCCAUCGACCUGUGUAAAGCCUUGCAUCUCUUAACAUCUCAGAGUGAGACUCAUACAUAUUUACCCACAGAUCCCUGCAAAUGCUGCCGAUGUAAAACAGGUGUUUGUCUGUCCAUACACAUGGUUCUUUAGGCUUCCAGAGAAGGCGGCUCAUCCCAGCUCCCUUGCCAGACACCUCCUCCCUGGGGAAGAAAGCAGCCACAGAAGGGCAAUGGGUGGACCUGCCCCCUAUGUCUGGACCUCUAAAGGAGCCUUUUGAGAUCAAGGUGUAUGAGAUUGACGAUGUGGAGAGGCUCCAGAGACGACGACAGGAGGAGGCCACAGAGGUGAGCAGAGGGUCACCCUGACUUGUUGAACACGCUGGUUCAGCUUGUUAAACCUGUUACAGCUAGUGUAAUGUCUGGGUCAGGGGCUUGUGAAUCCCACUCGCUAAGCCUCAGGAAUAUUUUGCAUGUGUGACAUUGACUUGAGUUGUGGGAAUGUCUUCACUCACAUCUUCCCAGUUUCUUUUUAAAGAACUGGACAGGGAUAAUAAGUCUCAGACGUCUGACCUUCAGUCAGCUCGGAGGCAAAUCCCAGAGUUAGAGCGUCUGUGUCGAGGUCCCCAGAGCUCAGUGUUUUGGCAGCCAUCCUCAGGAAUGUCAAGAGUUCAGAAGGCAAUUACUGUGGAGGGUUAAUUAGUUUGGAUAUGAGUGACGACCUGCUUUACUGCUGACGAAGGUGGUGGUAGUGUAAAAAGGAAAAACAAGAUGGUGUGAAAAGAUUGUUCAGGGAAUGUGUGAUGAAUGUAGCAGCACCCAACAGCAGCCCAAAUCUGCUCACCACUAGCACUCAUCACCGGCUGCCUGAUCGCUUUUUAUAGCUGACUCUUCAUCUGUGGAUCAUUAACUGUUCCCGCACAUCCACACAGCCAGACAGGGAAUUGUUAAGAGAGAUGUUAAAUCAGCACGAUGGUGGUUUGAUUUACUUUCAAUUAGGAAAAAAUGAUCUUUAAUUUGUCUCUCCCAGCCGUCCGUGCCUGGCAGACAAGACUGCCUUCUGUGACUUUACUCCACUAUUUGGGGAUUAGGAUUGUAGUCAUGUGUAUGUGUGUGAGCGCCUCUUGUUUCCAGUAUUUAGACAUACUUUUCACUUUGUGCCAAUCACUCUGCUUGUACUUCUUAUAUUUCAUUUAAAGGUAACUCUCUGUUUCUGUUUUCCCCAAUCUUGUCUGCAGCAACCAUUCCAGGAUGUCGACAAGGUGAGCAAUUUUGAUUUAUGUCUGAGUUUUAUUUUCACAGAACAGACUGAAACUUUUUGAGAAACCAUAAACCUGAGUUCAUUUGAUAUGAAGGAAAUCAUUUUAAAGCCACGGGAAACUAAAAAGAACCCAAAGUUUAGACACUAUUUCUACUAUUCUAUUCUACUGACUUAUUUUUUAAAGCUCCUGUCAAAAAUUUCAGUUUCUGUCAACUUUGGCGCCCUCUAUGGACAAAACAGCUCUUCUCGCCCUCUACAUGUCUGUGUAGCGUCUAUUAACAAAGAAAUCUCACCCAGCUGACGUUUCACUGACAAAUGUUUAAAUCAUUGUGGAUAUUUUAAAUGAAAAUUGUAAAGACAGGGCUGUUUCUUCAGCUGCUUGGCUGGAAUAUAACUUGGAGAUUGCGGGUUGGCGUUGAUUUGCUGAAAUAGACAAGGUUUUCCCUGAAAAAGACAUUAUCUGUAUAUAUAGUUUAUCAUUAAUGGUGCCCUCCUGAAUUUGUAAAUUAGCCAUACCAUGUGAACCCCUCAGAUUUCCUUAUUUCACUUUUAAGAAAAUGUUUUCAUGUUUAUUUGGCAAGUGUCCUCGUAUUUUUCCUACUGUCAACAAAUUCUUUUGACUGCUUUAGUCAACAAAGCACCUUUAUGUGGCCAUUGCUAAUAAUAUCCUUUUUUUUGUUUGUUUCGUCAGGGUCUACAGUAUUUUAACAGUAAACUAAAGGUGCUGGAGAGAAGGCAACAGCAAGUGAGAGAACUGAGGGUGAAGCAUGAAGUGUUAUUGGAGGAGCUGGAGGACACCAAAGCCCGACUGAUGAUGGACCCUAGCAAGUGGAUAGGAGAGUGUAAGUAUAAGCUAACAGUUUAUGUAAAGUUUCAAACAUCUGAGAUUUAAAGUUGUGUAACCAAACAAAUAAUUUUUUGCUCCAACAGUUGAUGUGGACCAGAGUUUGGAUAAAGAGUCUCUGGAGUACCUGGAGGCCUUGGCACAGGCCACAGAGGAGCUGGAGUUCUGUGUCAACCUAUGCAAGUCCCGCGUCAUGAUGGUGACCUGCUUUGACAUCGCCACGCCGACACCCGGUGCUCAGGAGGGACUACGGGAAGUAGAAGUCUGAAGACAUAAGCAAGUGGAAGAGGAGAACAGAGGAAGUGAGAAAACAAAGGACGAUGAAAUGUAGUUGUCACUGGAGAGAAGAGGAACAUGUGACAGAGAUGAGUAGAGAGAGAGGAUUUUUGCAUGAAAACAGAAGAGACGCCAACACCUUGCUACAGUGCCUCGUUGUCCAGGACGUGUGUUAAUGGCGGAGUUAUCAAACGUGAGCACAAAUGCUGUUGCCUACAUGGCAAAGCAGUGGCCAUCACUUACUCAUGAGUCAAUGAACAACACCUGGAAGUGCCUUUUUUACUGUGUUGUUUUGAGUCAUUAUUUUUCAUACGGUGCGGGUAUCUUCGGCAUACCUAAGCAAACCCUUGAACAUAUUGCUUUCAAGAAAAAAGUAUUUUAUAUUGCAUUGUAUAGUGUAUUUAUAUGACUAUGUGGUGUGUACAAAUAUCCUUUUAAGGGAAAAAAUAAAGAGGAAAAAAAGAAAAAAAGCAAUAAGCUAAUGUUAUUGCGCUCCCAAACUUUGCCUUUUCUCUUCUUUCAAACCUCAGUCAGCAUUUUUAACCACCUUCAUUCAGCCUCUAGCGCCUUACGUUAACUCUCUGGUUCUGUAAUUUUCUAGAUUUUUUCAAACCGGACUCUGUUAUCUCAUCAAGGACUGCAUUUGCUGUUGUCACUCUCCGCCUGCCAGCUGGCCUGUGAAUGCUAGCAGGGCUGAGUGAAUGUUUUUCUCCUCCAGUUGCCUUGAUCAAAAUGAGUCUCAGUGGAUGCACUAAGGUAGAGCAGCAGUUGUGCUCUGUUUUCGAAUUGUGUUUGUCUCACUGGAAAUUUAGAGAUUAAGCCAAAACAUAUCAAUCAGAGGGCCACUGUGAUAGAAAGUGAGUGAGUCUUGAUUCAGCCAUUCUCUCUGGUGCCUCAGUACAGUAAUCAGAGACUAAACUUCCUCACAGUGAUAGCAGUGCUCCUAAGUAAGCCACAUUUCUUGGCUGGAGUGCUGCUUUUACGUUGUAAAACAGACACAUAGAUAUGGCACAAGUCUUCUGGUCUCUUUUUUAAAAGCCUCUAUGCAUUCCAAAACAUUUACUGCAACUGCUGCUGUAACCUCAACGCAGAGCAGCAGCACAGUUCAGCUUCUUUUGCCCAAUUUUCUUUCUUCAAUUUGUCGGAUUAUAAGAGCUGAUACCGUGUCUCAAAUGAAGACUCAAGAAUUGAUUUUUUUUCUUUUGCGGUGCAUAAGAGCAAACAAGUUGUAUUAUGUUCAAAAAUCGAUCUUGAUAUCAGCUCUUUGUUGCUGCCAGAACGUGUUUGUCCUGAAUCAAACCGCUGACUCACAGAGAGAGCAAGGAUGAUCGCUGAGAAAUGAUUGUUAAGACAAAUAAAACGGCUUUGUUGUACUUUCAUAUGUUUGAUUUCUAGAUCUAGGGUGAACAUGACUUUGUUUUCUUUCCUUUUACAAAGAUGUACUCUCUCAGGCCCUCUCUGAAGAUGCUGCAUGAGAUUUUUUAAUCAUUUUUAUGGAUGAUUUCUACUCCAUUUUUACCAUUCUAAUUUUUUACAAUACUUCAGUUUUUUCACUAAUGUAGGGUUGUUUAGGCUCAUGAAUUAAAUAACUGUUACCAAACCAAGACCUUUUUUCCAAGAAAUUAUUAUAUUUAAGGUCAUAUUUCAUAUCAAAACUCAUAUUUUCGAAUACCUUUGUUUGUAUAGGAUUUUCAAACCCUGUGUAUAAAUGUAUGAUAAGGCAGCUUGUGUUUUACUUUUACAGUACCUGUGAAUAAAAUGUUUCUUCUUACUGAUGAUUUGGAGUUCUCUGUUUUCAUUGGUCUACAUGUUCUGGGAUUACAGGAAGAAAAAUCUGAUUGAAACCCAGAGAGGACCUUCGUCUUAUCAUGAUGUUACUAUAAGGUUGGAGGUCAACCAAGAUCUAGAGAAACACGGGAUCUUGUCAAAUAUUAAUCAACAGAAAUAAAGUGACAAGCAGGAAUGUUGUCUCUGAAAACCGUUUGCUUUGUCCAGAGGAGGCGCCAAAAACAACACAAAUAGUUUGUCACAAGAGCUUCAAAGAAAGAGUAAAAAAUGAGAUAGAUAGAUAGAUAGAUAGAUAAAUAGAUAGAUAGAUUCUAAAUUCACCUGUUUCAUAAGAGAAAACUUGCUAAUUGUUGUGUGAUACAUAGGAAAUGAGAUCAAAUGGGAUGAUACGAGUCCAGAGUGAUUAAUUGCUCCGUUUACAGGAAGGCCUUCAGCUCAGUGUGAAACAUGAGGUCCUGUGGAGUGUUGUACUGUAGGUGUGUGAACGUGCUCGGCUAGAAUUCAAACCCUGCUGUGUGAUGACAUCUCGCCUCCUCCUUCCUAAUUCUGUUUUGAUCUAAAACAUAAGAGGUUAAUUUGGCUGAAUGGGAAGAGCAGCUGGUCAGUGUGUUUCAAAUCCAAUUUUUUAGUUUAUUCUAUCCAGUCUGCACACUGCAGAACUUAAUUAACCUGCAGCUGCAUGAAAAAUAAAUGUGGGACACUGUAUUCUUAAUGAAUUAGUAUGCUGUUAGUUUUCAGCAUGUUAGGGUUCUGCAGACAGUAAAAAAACGUACCUGCGGUAGCGCUGAGGAAGUGUGUGUCUGAAAGGAAACAGUCGGCCAGUUCUGAUGUCUGCUGUCUGUUGAGACUGUGCGGAGCAGACAGCAGACAGCCCUCUGUAUCCCAGCAUACAUCGCCUCAGGGCUUGGAUCAUUAGCAGGGACUUGGAUGGUGUAUUAGAAUAAAAAUGAGUUCACCAAAAAGUCAGGAAUCCCCCCUCACCUCUUUUCACCCUCUUCACCCCAACCCAGAACUGGAACUGAACUCACUCCUCCCUAUGAGAGCUUUAAUCAAUCCACUUCGAUUCUCAUAUUAUUUUGAGAUUUUUUCAUGUUUUAAGUCUGUUUUCCACAUUGUCACAUUCAAGUGUCUGUUCUUUUCAGAACACUCUAAUGGAGUCGGAGCCCUUUCUAAUUGAGGUCUCUGUGAUAUUCGCCUUUUAAAAGAGGUUCAAAUCCAACAAAUGCCUGUCAAAAUUGCUGUAAGAAAAUCCUUUUGCUAUUGUGAUUCAUCAUUUGGGAUGACCUAAUGUCUUGUUUCAGAUAAAAGCUUCAAAACAUAAAAGUAGAACAGGCUUUUUUGAGCCCCCGUCUUCCUCCUCUGUCCCUGUAAGGCUGCCUGCAUCUUCCCCAGGCGUUUGUUAGUGGUUGUGGUUUUGGAUUUACAGCCCUGCAGUCCCACAGAUUGGCCUGUCUUAACCAAACUCACUCUUUGAAGAAGCCCCAUAAACCUGACCAAAUGCUGCCACUUAUUCUCAGUAAUUAAAACAAGCUGGUGUGGAGAAAAAGUCCUUAAAUUAUCAGAGCUUACAUACGCAGUCUUUUCUCUCUCUCUUUCUCUCUCUGGGCUUGCAUGGUUGUGCUUCAGGGGGGUCGUAACCAUUGACAUCUCCAUCCUCCAGAUUGCAUGUGUGUGGAGUUUAGCGCCAGGACAGAAACCUUUAAAAGAUGUGGUCUUGAAGCCCCCCGUGCCUCCUGUGUGUACUGUAAAUUCUGGUUGGGUGGCCAUGCUAGUCCAGCAACAUGCCACUUUGGCUGUAAAUCAAAGCGCUGCAUCUGCGAUGUAAAGGUGGAUUAAUUAGCCUUUUGGAGACAACUUGAACUUGUAAAUCUCUGAAGAUUUAACCCUGUUUACAGCAUGUAAUUUAGCAAACAUGGAGGCCAGGAGAGACUCUCCUGAUGAGUUUAUAUUAAGGGUGCAAACUGUAAUGUGAAUCAUUUCCCUUUUAUUGUGAUCACAGAACUCCAAGAAUCCUCAUCUAGCUUGGACAGUAAUGAGGAGCAGGAUGCAGGUCAUGGGUUCAAACUGCCUGUUGUGUGUUAACCUGCAAGCUGGCGAGGUAAUGAUUGCUUAUAAUGCGCACACACCUGCACACACUCUUUGGUGCUGACUCUUCUUGCUAAGAUGACAUUUUCUCUGUCGUUGCUUUAGACAGGACUACAGUGAAGUGGUUUAAAAUGCUGGUAACCCAUGCAGCAGUUGUUGGUUUAUCAUGUUCAGUUAGUGCACGCUGCACUGACCUUGUCAAAGAAUGAUAAGCAGAACUUUCUCCAGCACAUGCACUGACCUUGUUGUAUCUGUGCACUUGCUGUCCCUUGUUGCAGAUUGCUUGUAGAUAACCGCUGAUUUACAUAAAGGCUUUGUUUAGAGACACAGUUUUAAAAUGCCUUCAGAAUACUGAUGUGAGGAGUUAAUGCGCAAUGAAUAUUCAUGGUUUAAAAAAACAAGAGGUUCUACUCCACUGAGCAGGAAAAAUAGACAGUGUAAAGUCCUUGAUUACAUGAAUUGUUAGGUAUGUAGCAGUAGCCUACAGUCAGGUUAAUGACUUGGAGCUCUCCUAGGUAGGGCUUUGUUUUUCAAAAGCUCUUUUAAAGAUCCACAAAUUGCACUCAGGAGAUCACUCGCUCUAAAGAAAUUCAUUAUACCCAUAAAAGAAGAUAAAUAAUUUAAUCCUGAAAAAGUGCUCACUAAGAUAUUGCUUUAAAAGCCAUUCCAUCAGGUUGUGCUCUCUCAACAGAUGGGCCAGCGUGAUGAAAAAGACCUUUUUAAUUAGUCUGUCUGAAGACGUUUCUUCAUAACCAGCAGCCCCCACUAUGGUUAAGUUUCAGCCGCCACCAGGCAGCGUCUUAGCUGACUCCCAGCAGCAGCAGCCAUCUGGUGGACAGCAGAGCCGAGGCCACAGGGUGACUCACCACUCCACUGAACUGACACGUGUAGCCCAAAGACAUAAGAAAGAGCUUUUUCUCUGCUUGAACCUGAACCGUUGUACUCUGUGAAGGGAUUGUGGACAAACUACACAACAAGAUGGCAUGUGCCUAAGAAGAAGAGGGUUGUCAGGGUAGUAAAAGACUUUUUUGAGUGAAAUGUUUCUGUGUUUAAUAUGGAUCAUAAUCAACAAACUACUUCUAUACAUUAAAAAAAUCUUCUGAAAGGAAAACAUUGGACUCUUUAUUCUUCAUAUAGCUUGUUCAAUCCAAAAUUACCCUUUACAAGAAAAAAUGAUUCAUCUCUUCUUGGAUAUACUGUGACUCAUGAAAUGCUCGGACUACAACUGUGAUGUCCUUCUGGUUUUGUUCUGGCUAUUGACAGUAGGAAAAUGCUUUUUUUUUCUUCAAUGGAAAUCAGAAAAAGUGAAUUUCUUUGCUUGUAUUUUGAACAGUGUGAAUCAUCUUUUGUUUUUUGUCUUGUUGAAAUGGGGAGUUUGAUAUUUUAAAGCUUUGAUUGCUUUCUCAGAAACCCUUGUGCUUUUACAGAAGCUGUCUGCCUUUGUGAAAAAUAUGGCAUUUUUGUAAACAAACAACCUCCAAGUGUAAGAAAUCCUUUUAAAAAACUUUAAGACCAAGUACUUCAAUGAUUUGUUUACUCUUUUCUGACUUGGCAACGGAAAAUUACAGGGCUGUGCACAGGCUUUAAAAGCAGCAAAACACGUGUAAACAAAAUUGGUGGUUAAAAGGCUACAAAAGGGUGUUCUGUUACUCUGUCUACAUUUUAUCAGGGAGUAGUUUAAGUGAACAGUAGUUGAAUCUUUAAAUAGGAAACAAUAACAGCAUCAAUUAUGGGGAGGAGUAACCAGAUUCAUACCUUCUCUCUAGCAGAAAUAAAACCCAUGUUCCUUUAAUUUUUAAUCAAAAAAUAUUAAUGAAUAAACAUCAAGCUUAUUUUCAUCUAUCAAGCCAAAUUAACCAAAUAAUAAUUAUUCAUUUUGAGAACUGAAUGGCAGUCACAAGAGGGAGGGGCUGGCAUCCAUUUUAAGAAAAUUAGUGUCCCAAAAGCUUUACCGAAUAUUUUUUUGUGAUAAAAAUGUUCAAAUGGAAAAAAAAAUGGACAUGAGAUUAUUUUUUCAUUCAAAAAGAAAAAAAAAAAAAAAGUUUUCAUUGUACGCGAUGACAUCAGACCUGACGUCUGUGGCGCAGUAAUGAGCGUGUUUGUUUGCGCCUGAUUCACCGAGCAUGAAAAUUUUACCCAGCUGUUUAUCACGUGGCGUUAGCUGAACGGUUAAUAUCAACGAGGUAAACAAGUUAAAGUACUAAAUUCCCCGUGUGAUUAUCAAGUACAUCGAUGUGAACCCAACAGAGUGGCUGACUCUGAUACCAGCAAAUCACAGAGUGCUGAUCAACAAAUGAGCUAAUGAUGAAAACCAUGAAAUGCUGUGAAGAGGCCCCAGAGGAAAAGGACUCGGAGUGAAGUCUCGAUGAACUGCACCAGUACUGUAAGUGUCUUGUGCUAUGUGCUGCAGCUGUGAUUCACCUAAAGUACAGGCCAACUGGCUGGAGGUCCCAGCUUGUUUGGGAGUGAUGGUUGUUGUUAUCUGUGAAUGUUUUAUUAUUUUGAGGGGCACAAUUUUUCACUCUGAUACCCAUUUAGGUAUAAAGUGUAGAUGCAAACCCAAUUGCUAUGAAACCUCUCAUAUAUAUAUCUUAUAUAAACUUUCUAUGGGCUGUGUGGCUUUUACAUAGCGCCAUCAUGCUAAUGUAUCUUCCUGUUUUUGCAGUUUUCUCGUGCAAUACAGAAAUCAUGAAGUGUAUGUUGGUGGUUUUCUUAGUAUGUGUUUCUCUGUUUGCACAAGGCUCAUCAUUGUUGCUGUUGUAUACUGCGUUAUUUAUUUGUUGGUGCUAUCGUGGAAGCUGUUAGGGAACCAUGUGCAGCACUUGAAUCCCACCUAGUUUAGUUGGAGUCUCUUAGAUGUGUCCUGUAAUAUCAUACUGUGCUGGAAUACACAUUUCUUUUUGUAUAGUCUCAUGCAGAUUUGAAUACUCUUUGUUUUUGCCUGAUUUAUAGAAAUAAUCUUUUCUAGUUUGUUGCAUCCACAACCUCUGGCACCUGUUUCUCCCACUUAAGAAUCACAUCUCUCUGGUUCAACUGCUGAUCUACAUACUAGGUAGGAGGAUGAAUAGUACACCUUGUCACGCUCUUGAUGACACACUUUGUUUCCCCGAUUGUUAUUGCAUUUGAAGAGUCUGCAGCACUGCCUGUGUGGUACUUUAUUUGAGUUGCACAGCUCCUUGCUGUAAAAGGUGUGUCUUUUAGAAUAUAUUCUGCUCAUGCCUUUUGUGCUCAUAUGGUCCUAUUUGAAUUGCAUCCACAGUUUGCAUGUACAUGUUGUGUCUUAAUGCAAUAUGACUAGCCUGUCAUAAACCAACAGUCAGGCAGAACCUGGUUUUAUCUGUCAUGCUUUCGUCUGCUCCUCACUCGCACCUUUUGAUUAUGCGGGCUGUUUUCAUUUACACAUGUAGAUGAUGAUUGUAGCUGUGAGGACUUGCUUUUUCCUUCAGCAGUUAGGGGCCUGUUCAUUGUCAACACUGAGAUAUGGCGCAUUGUCUCACCAGACCGUUUCAGACACACCGCAGUGGUGACAGCCCGAGUGCCGGCUUUGUGUUCUCUCUCUCUGUCUCCCACAUUAGAGCUUGAUUGGUAGAGGUUGCUGACAGGAGGCUGUCACUAGUUGCAAAGUCUGAAGUGGAAUAUGUGCAAGUGAAGAGGUUAAUUACACAACAUUUAAGACCUUUCUUUGCCUCACCAUUCAUACUGCAGCCAAUCACAUCCGAAACACCCGCUAAUCAAAACUAGGCUGGCAGCUCUGAGCCGUGGCAACAGUUGCUGUGAUGGCGGCUCGUCUGGCAGGAAGCACACGUCCUGCUGUUUGCCUGUUUGAGUUGGUUGGCAGGCUGGUACAAUCUCCCCUCUAUUUUACUGUUACUCAUUCAUCGCCAAAAGAAGGUGGAGAGUAAAUGUGCUCUCUGAAUUACUGAUGGACUACAUCAUUCUCACUUGUGUGUGGUUUGUGCCUCAUUAAAGCUGUCAACCAUGUUAAAAUGGAAACAAUUUAUGUACUCCUCCAUCAAAACAAUGCUGGGGAUAAUGAUUAUAUUCAAGUUUUCAAUCUGUAGAAAAUGCUCUUGGCUUUUUAACUUCGAUUUUUGUUGUUUUAGGACAUACAUAACAGAAAAAAGACAGACCGGGUUAACAGUAGUGGAAGAUGAAAAGCCUUCUCUCAUGACAAAAUUAUUUAAAGAAGAACACAGUUGUCGGAUUCCAAAGUUUCUUGCCAAAACCUUUUAUUUCUUUUUCUUGACAAAGUAUUUGAACACAUCAUGACGAACUUUUAUUUCACCCCACAGUAAUUCCCUAAAAUGCAUCAUAAUGUGACCAUAUGUCUCCUCAUCUAGUAAUCAAACAGUUUUUAUUUUAACACUGAGAUCAAUGUUAGAUCAUCGUUUAUAAUUUCCAACACUUGUUAAAAAGUGAAUACCGCCGCUGCUUUAGUGACCACCGAUAUUUAUCUCCCUGGAGUUUAAUAUCUAUUUGCUAAAAAGGAAACUUCAUAAGAUAAUGGCUAUUUCUGUGAUUUUAUUUCGAUGUAAGGAAUAUGACAGGACAGUUAGUCUCAAGCCCUGGUGCAAUGAGAUACACAGUAUUCAGCUGUUGUUCCCCUGCCCCCAUGUGCUGACACUUCAGUAUGAAGACUCUCAUCCACAGCAUAGAAGGCAUGGCUGCCAUCAGUCGGUCCAUGUCAACAACAGUGUCACUUGGCUGCUCGAGCUCAUGACUCCAGCUUUCAUUUGUUUCUCUUUAAAGCAGGACCUCUUUGGCUUGUUAGCGAGACUCUCUCCUGUCACACCCUGCAGGUCCUCUCACCACUGCGCUAAUGAGCAGGACUGUUGAAAGUCUGUGUGGGUCUUCGCAUGACAGAGACAAAGAAUCUUGGCAAAGAAGGGUGAAAUUGUAUGAUCGUAAAAGUUUAUAUUUCUCUGCCAUCUUUCUGAAGAAGUGUCUGAAAUCAAACUUUGAAGUGGUGAAUUAUGUGUGUGUGUAUGUGCUAAAGUCUCUGGAUAUCAAAAGAUUCAUGGCUGACAUUUUAUUUUCUACAGAACGACCCUGCUAAUUAUAUUUUUACGAUUGCGUUUCCCUUUGGAGCCACAUAUGGAGGAAUAUGGUAUAGUCAUGUAGAUUCCCAGAGGUAUUAAAAUCACUGAGAUCUGUAACCAGCCCUGAUUUUAUGACAGGUGUCAAAAGAUGUACGAUUCUGUUUGGUUAGCUGCCCUAUAGAAAGAAACCUCUUUAUAAGCCAGAACAUGUUUUUGAUCGUGCUGCAAGAAAGUGAUUUGACUUUGGUUUCUUGUAAUGAAAGUGGAUGGAAACCCCACUGAGGAAAGAACAAAACAUAAUGUCCUUGACUCAGCUCAGCCUCUUUCUUUUACAAAUGAAGGAACAAGAAAUUGUUCAAAACAGCAGCAGUGAGAUUAUUUCUGGUGCCAAUUUCCCCGAGGUAAUGUUCAUUGUGUUUUUGGUGUAUGUUGUUCCAUAGCAACAGAGAUGAAAUGGUUAUUGAUUGGCUCAGGAGCAAAUUAGACCUCACCCUGGAGUAUCCAGGCUAUUCACUGUGCUCUGCCUCACCCAGGCUGUGAGCAUCCUUCAGCAGAUAUUUCUUCCUCCUCUUUAAUUACCACUGGUUACCUGAAUGGCAUGGCUCGCACAGAGCUGCCCUCGUAAUUAGCUGUCAGCUGUUUUAAGGCACAGCUCAUUGAUUGGGUCGUGAUCGCUAAUAGGACGUGAAAUCCUUCUGCCUUCUCAAUUGAUAUGGACAAGAAUGAAUGGAGGUUUUAAAUAGCCUCACCUCAGAGUUACGUAUGUCAAGAGGCAAAUGUCAAGUCAGUGUUGAACAUCUGUAUACUAUAGUUUAUAAAUAAAUGGUCAUUUUUGAAGAUUUGUAGACUGUUGGCUUACAUCCUUAUGUUUGACUUUUCAUUUUUAAGAGAUGUGCUGUGAUUGAUGGUUGCAUUGCUACUAAAAUUCCCAACAUCAGAACAUGUUUACUAAUCAAUAGAGUGCCCAAAUUUUAAUGAUCCUCUCAAACCUCCUCUAUAUUUUAUAUGGCAUUACUGUGACUAAUUGAAACUCACCUUGUUGGGCUUCAAAGGAGCCACUGAAAUUAUUAGUUUAUAUAGUGUGCAUGCUGUCUUUGUAAUGUUGGAACAAUAACAAGAACCUUACGUCAGUACUAGGGAUGUGCCGAUAAACGAUUUAAUUGCGAUAUGCAAUAUUAAACAGCCGCAAUGAUAAAAUCGUGAGGUACGAUAAUAAUCGUUCCACAAUUAUAAUUUAAAUACGAGUGGCAGCGUCAUUCAGCGAAGCCGAGUACUUACCAACCUAACCCGCUUGUAGUCUUACCCACGGUGUCAAAGCCUCGGUAGCAAAAUGUACAAACAAACCACCACAAAAGUAGUCCCAAAUCCCAAAAAACUCUCAAAUUAAGUACAUUAAUGCCAGCCUAACAAAAACUGGAACAUUAAAAGAGAAAAUGCACUGUUGGAGCGUGCCAACAAUGCAUCCCAUCCGCUCAUUAGCUUCUUAAAGUGGAGGAGAUAUGAUCUGAUAUUUAAAAAAACAUGAGUAUUGGAUCAUGCCAACAUGUCAAAUGGAGCAGCAAACUUUCGUUCUGUUUUUAUGUGUCCCAAAAAUGCGCAUAUAGAGAUGUACUUGGGUACAUAAGCUGUACAGUAAGCUGUCAAGGUAGAGAGCAUUAUAUUUUCGGGACAGCCCGAAUCGGAAGGCUAUUGUUUUCGUCUUAUCUGAAUAGACUGAAUGACAUCAUUAAAGGCACACGCUUUUGAAUCCACCCAACAGUAAGGAAAACUUAGAUUAUGUCGCCUUGUUAUGUACUUCCAACCACGCUCCCAUCAGGGGUGCAUUCAACGGCAGGGGUGCAUUCUACAGCAUAACACCAGAUCAAGAACAGUCGGAGACUGAGAGUGACGAAACGCCUUGGCUGUAUCCUCCUAUUAAAAAGGUUUCGUCGGCAGUAUGGACGUUUUACGGCUUCACAAAACAGACGGAGCAGGUAAACCUGACACCAAUCUGCAGGUUAUGCAGUAAGGACGUUGCAGAGCCGUUGUCUAACACUUCAAACCUACGUGCCCACCUCCGUGAACACCAUCUAGCAUUGUUCGCCCAAAUCAAGGUAAAAACAACAUGGCCGCAACAAGUUUGGUCUACCCUACUGCUUAUUAUUGACAACGUUGGUGACGUUUCUGCUAACUUUAGCUCCAAAAAAGGUAACGCUCCCAACGUUGCGUUAGCUGCCUCUUGCUUAUUUCAUUUGUGCGUGUCAUGCUGUGCACAGAGAAGUGAUUUCACAGUUUUUUGCCAUUAUUAACAACGUUAAAAGCAGUGCGCUAAUAUCGUGAUGAAUGAUAAACGUGAUAUCAAAUUUUUCAUAUUGAUACAUGCCUGGUCGGUACAGGAUUUCACCAAACGCUUUGUACCCCUCUUCUUUUUUAUUGUUAUCUACAUUUAAGUUUAAAAAAAUUCCACAAAAUUCCUGUAUCCACUUCCCCAAUGUGGGAAUGAGCAGUUUUUACUAUUAAGGGUUAAAUGUGAAAGUAUGUCUCCUUAGCAAGUAGCCCCCACAUGAGGCUGUCGUUGCUGCACAAUAUCUAUCCAGAUUACAGCUUGUUAUUUCUUUCUUUGUUCAUUCCUGGUCAUUGAUCUCUUCCCUGGGAAUGUGAGUAGUCUGGAUGAACAGGUGGACCCUUGCCUACAGGCAUGUGAACUCCGGGCUUCUGCAGCUCUGCCAUCCAGACCCUGGAGACUUUUGGUGGACGUGUGGCAGUGCCUCCCCUCCACCACUCCUCCCUCCUCCUCCUCCUCCUCCUCCUCUUCCCCUCCAUCUCGACAGCUCCCCUAACACAGUUGUUCAUGAAUAUGGAUGGCAGGCAAGGCUCCCUGGCAUCAUUAACGUGCCACAAGCCCAUAUAAAUCACAUCACCAUAAAACCUCCAAAUGCUCUGAUAAAGAAUGUUACAUGAUAACAACCGGCAGGAGUCAAGAAGACAAACAAUUGUUGAGGAGAGCAACACUGGCCUCUGUUCUGGAGGCUUAUACUGCGAUUUGAUUGGGUCCUAUAUUUCCCCACAGUUAUGUAGCGGUGUUAACAGCCUCAAACAUCUCAUGUGACAAGGCUGGAUGCAGUUACAUGCACACACAGUUUGUCUUGGCUGAGAUGUUGACAGGCACUCACGCACAGCUGCAACUGACUUGGACCUUCAGAAAACUUGCCUUUCUCAGUAUGAGGGAAAAAAGCUCUGACAUCUCCUCACUUUGAAAAAUGAGGGCGCUUAUUAAACUCUUAGCUCUGCUUUUGUUAAACCAUCGUACUACAUGGAUGGCAGCGUUUUCCCUGCGCGUGAUGGCUAAAGUCUAAAGUUUUAAAUGAAUAAAAACUGCAGUAGCUCUUUCCUUUUAGGUAAAGCAUUUAAAGUUAAGAGAAAAACGAUUUAAACGGCACAAUCAGCAGCUGGACUCUGUACUGAGGGCAUUUUGACAAUCUGUUGGCAGCCAGCCCCAGUCUCUGCAGUCCUUUCUGACAAAUCCAUGCCGCCAUGAAAUGCACACAAAUGCUGGUUCGUAUCAUUGCGUGUUAAAAGGACCUCCAAACCAUCUGUAGUGUUCUUGAAAAAGAGCUUUCAUGACUUUGGUUUGUGAUACAUGUGAUCUGCCAUGUGUGUCCCAUGUGUAUCCUUUGGCCAUGUUCAUAAAAACAACAGCAUGUGUCAAAAACAUAUACACUUAUUAACUUUAAAGGAGAGCACUGCAUUUUCAAAGCAAGGUCAAUACUGCAGAGGGUGGGGGAAAAAAAGUUGGCCAUUAAAAGUUGCUAUUGUCUAAGCACCACCGAACCAGAGUGUGACACUCCUAGUCGCAUUUACUCUAACUUAUGGCUGUACUGUAACUAGAUGUCUUUUGAUUCAAUUCUGUCUCUAUAGAUCCAAUUUCUUAACCUCACUCCUGUUAACAUCACCACCAGUGAGCUGAAGCAUUUAACCUUAAUUGAAAACAGACCUGUAGACUGAGCUUGUAGGUUGAUAACCUUUAGCAAAAAACUUUGGUUAUCCCAAAGCAA